AUGGAUGUCAGUCAAGAAGACCUGAGCAAACUGAGCAUAAUCAACUCCUCUGAUGAGAUUGAAUUAGAUCAUUCUUAUCAGGAAGACUUUUACUCAUCUGCUGAUGAAGAUGAUGUUGAUGAAGAUGAUGUGAGUUGAUUUAUUAUUAGCCAACUGAAAGUGAGAGUUUGUGUACUUAGAAGUGUGUAGGCCUAAUAAUCUCCAUAAUCUAACGUUAGCCUACUGUUUGCACAAUGUUUUUAUACUUCUUGCCAAUGAAUGUCUACUGGUUGCAAAUGCAUGCAAACCUAAAGUUGCACCUUUCAAUACCCCCAGGCUUCAGAAAAAAUCCCAGAAUCAAUGCUCAAAUAUUUUGAAGCCUCCAAGAACAGAGCAAAUCAGUUUGAAAAGCUCAUCCUUGAGGAUGUUCAAGAUGAUGGUAGGAACGAGGACCUCUGGAUAAUGCAUAGGCUACAGACAGAAAUAUAGAAAAUGCAUGGAUCAUUUAUUCAUCAGUCAGGCUAGCUGCUGGCUACAUGAUGCCAUACUAUUGUUGUGUCUUUGUACAUUGUCUGUUUUCAGAUUCCGGAGCAGCUGAGGUGUAUUCCGUCAUUUCAAGUCGUUCUGAAGACCUUUUAAUGGAACUGGCCUCUGACUUAGGCCUACACGAGGACCCAGUGACGUUAAAAGAACGAGUGAGUGUAGUUUAAUAAAGGCUUGUGUGCACUAAAGUCCUAGUGUUAUGUAAUUUGUGCUGGGACGUAGACUAAAUAUGUUUGAUUGAUUUAGGUCAUGUCCGAGAUGGAGGAUGAGGAGUUGAACACUAUCCCCAACGAGGCCUGUCCUCACACUGUAUCUGACGGUGACAUUACAGACAGCGUGCCACACAACAGUGAGGGUAUGUGUAGAGACUUCUGUGUGCGUGUGUGAUACAUAUGCCCACUAGAUGUCACCCUUGCCUCAUUGAGUCCAGCCCUAUAAAGAAAAUAAAAAAUGUGAUAUUCUUCAAACUAAUGGAGCUGUGACUUGUCUUUCUAUUUGACACAGAUGAUAUUGAAUGUGAUGCAUAUUUGUGGUCUGAAAAGCAACUCAGUCUGGAACUGAAAACGUUGGAGCGUAAGUUGAAAGAGGAGGAUGAGAGGAGAAUUGUGGAGCGAAAGAAGGAGCAGAAUGAGAAGAGAGAAAAGGAGGAGUGGAGGAAACACCGACAGAGAGACUUCGAGGAGGAGCUGAGGCGAAUAGAAGAGGGCAAUGUGGUGAGAUAGUUCACAUCAUCCCUUUCUCCCAUUUCCCGUUUCUAUGUUUAUCAGUAACUAAGACUGACUAACUGAAAAAGUCAUUGUCUGUCUGUAGCAUCAGCCUACAGGCAUGGAGGAGAUAAGAGAAAGAGAGGCAGAAGAGAAGCUUCAACAAGAGUUGCUCAAACAGCAGGUGGGCCAGAUUCAAUAAAACAUGUUUUGUUGAUGUGCAACCACUGAAACACUGGCUAUGGAGAGGGCUAGGUCAGAAGUGUUUUCAGAAGGGGCUCAUCUUUUUCUUUUGGUUUAACUUCUCCCCUCCAUUCUCCCACACUAACCAGGAGCUGAUCAGCAGCCUCCAGAGACAGAUAGAGGAGGAGAGGAGGGCCUUUGAGAAGGCGCAGGAGGAGGAGAAGAGGAAGACCCACCAGUCUCGAUGCAGGGCGGCCAUCACUAUCCAGGCUGCCAUCAGAGGCGUUCUGGCACGCCGGUGGACCAGGGCUGAGCUCCACCGCAGAAGAGAGGAACAAAGGAGGUGUGAGGAGGAGAGGAGGAGGAGGAGGAAGGAGAGGGAGGAAAGGUGGAGGAGGGAACAGGAGGAGCAGCGGCUGAAGCAGGAGAAGGAAAAAAGGAGGAGAGAGUUGGAGGAGGAGGAGCUGAAGAGGAGGAGGUUAGAGUAUGAGAGAGCCAAAGAAGAGGAGCGAGUCCGUAUAGAGAGAGAGAGACAGGAGGAGGAGGAGAGGAGAAAAGGGGAGGAGAAGAGAAAGAUGCACGAAGAAGAGAAGAGAAAGAAGCAUGAAGAAGAGGAGAAGAUAAAGAAAGAAGAGGAGAAGAGAAGGAAGGAGGAGAGGAGAAAGCAUGAGGAGCAGAUUAGGGAGGAGAGAGACAAGCAAGAAGGGAAGAAGGAGAGGAGAAAAAGACAGGAGGAUGAGGAGAAUGAAAGGAAAAGGAAGGAGGAGGAAGAGAUUAGGAUUGAAUCAGACGAGAGGAAACCAAAGAGCCUGCAAAAGCUGGAGACAGGAAUAGUGAAGGAGGAAAAAGCCAGAGAGGAGAAAUCAGCCACCACUGAAUGUUCCCCAACUGCCAGCUCUUCCCCCAUUGACCCCAGUGCCUCAGCCCCUGAGUCUGCCUUUGAGCUGAUGAGUGUAUCUCUACCAGAGCAGACAGAGCAGAGGAGACUGGCCUGGAUGAGGGACUGCACUUCCUGGUCCAAACUCUCUCUGCAGAACAAGAGGAAGCAGCAGCAGGGGGUCAGGACCCAGGGGAGGAGGGGGGCGAGGAGGGCUGCUGAGGGGAGCGGUUUACCCCCCCUCUGCCCAGACACACUCCUUCAGUCUGGGGCCUGGAACUCUCUUCAGGAGGUAACCUGCAUGAUACGAUCUACAACGUGAAACUCUUUAUUUCAGGGGUUGGUAACAGGCCCGUGAGUGUUUUUUUGAUUUUUUGUUGAAGUUUGGGAUCAAAAAAGACCAUAAAAUCACCUAGAAUUAAGCAAAAAAUGUGUUUAGGUUAGGAAAUCUGUUCCCAAGUAUUCCCAGGAAUAAAAAAAUAGACGUGAUCAUGUCUUAAUGUAAUCAAGGUCUGAAUUUAUUUGAAUCUAGUUGCUUACCCCUGCUUUAUUUCAUAAAGGUUCUUCCCGGAAAAAAAAGUGAUGUUUUAGGUGCGCUUGAUUUAGCUUGGAGUUGUCACCUUUUUUUUUACCCUUACAUUGUACAAGGAAAACUGAAAGUAUUAUACUGGAUUACAAGUAGGAUAUUUGAAAGUAUUGGACCUAGAUGUAUUUGACCCAUGUCUGCAAAACAGUCAAUCAGACACAUACAAAUAACCAACAAACCAACCAUAACAAAACCAAAAGCAAAGUUUCACUGACUGGGCUCUACCUUCCAAUGCAGGUGACCACAGUUGUUCUGGAGGAUAUCCCUGGCUGCAGCCUCACUACGUUGUCCCAAUGCCCCAGACUGCAGACCCUCACCAUGAGACGCUGUGGCCUUACAUCCCUGGAGGGCCUCAGUAAAUGCACAGAGCUCCGCUACAUCGAUGUACAGGUAAAUACACCACCAUUUACAUGCGGGAUAAGCUGUACAGAUGAAAAUUGGCUAUCUAGCUAAAUCUGGUGCAAUGGCAUGUUGUACAUGGUCCCUGACAAAUGAACAAAUAGUACCAUGGUAAUGACACUGAAAGCCAGAAAUUGUUUACACUGAUACAUUACUAUAUAGUACAACCAUACACUGCAUACUUGUGGGUAUAUAUAUAUAUAUAUAUAUAUAUACACACACACACACAGUGGGGAGAACAAGUAUUUGAUACACUGCCGAUUUUGCAGGUUUUCCUACUUACAAAGCAUGUAGAGGUCUGUAAUUUUUAUCAUAGGUAUACUUCAACUGUGAGAGACGGAAUCUAAAACAAAAAUCCAGAAAAUCACAUUGUAUGAUUUUUAAGUAAUUAAUUUGCAUUUUAUUGCAUGACAUAAGUAUUUGAUCACCUACCAACCAGUAAGAAUUCCGGCUCUCACAGACCUGUUAGUUUUUCUUUAAGAAGCACUCCUGUUCUCCACUCAUUACCUGUAUUAACUGCACCUGUUUGAACUCGUUACCUGUAUAAAAGACACCUGUCCACACACUCAAUCAAACAGACUCCAACCUCUCCACAAUGGCCAAGACCAGAGAGCUGUGUAAGGACAUCAGGGAUAAAAUUGUAGACCAGCACAAGGCUGGGAUGGGCUACAGGACAAUAGGCAAGCAGCUUGGUGAGAAGGCAACAACUGUUGGCGCAAUUAUUAGAAAAUGGAAGAAGUUCAAGAUGACGGUCAAUCACCCUCGGUCAGGGGCUCUAUGCAAGAUCUCACCUCGUGGGGCAUCAAUGAUCAUGAGGAAGGUGAGGGAUCAGCCCAGAACUACACGGCAGGACCUGGUCAAUGACCUGAAGAGAGCUGGGACCACAGUCUCAAAGAAAACCAUUAGUAACACACUACGCCGUCAUGGAUUAAAAUGCUGCAGCGCACGCAAGGUCCCGCUGCUCAAGCCAGCGCAUGUCCAGGCCCGUCUGAAGUUUGCCAAUGACCAUCUGGAUGAUCCAGAGGAGGAAUGGGAGAAGGUAAUGUGGUCUGAUGAGACAAAAAUAGAGCUUUUUGGUCUAAACUCCACUCGCCGUGUUUGGAGGAAGAAGAAGGAUGAGUACAACCCCAAGAACACCAUCCCAACCGUGAAGCAUGGAGGUGGAAACAUCAUUCUUUGGGGAUGCUUUUCUGCAAAGGGGACAGGACGACUGCACCGUAUUGAGGGGAGGAUGGAUGGGGCCAUGUAUCGCGAGAUCUUGGCCAACAACCUCCUUCCCUCAGUAAGAGCAUUGAAGAUGGGUCGUGGCUGGGUCUUCCAGCAUGACAAUGACCCGAAACACACAGCCAGGGCAACUAAGGAGUGGCUCUGUAAGAAGCAUCUCAAGGUCCUGGAGUGGCCUAGCCAGUCUCCAGACCUGAACCCAAUAGAACAUCUUUGGAGGGAGCUGAAAGUCCGUAUUGCCCAGCGACAGCCCCGAAACGUGAAGGAUCUGGAGAAGGUCUGUAUGGAGGAGUGGGCCAAAAUCCCUGCUACAGUGUGUGCAAACCUGGUCAAGACCUACAGGAAACGUAUGAUCUCUGUAAUUGCAAACAAAGAUUUCUGUACCAAAUAUUAAGUUCUGCUUUUCUGAUGUAUCAAAUACUUAUGUCAUGCAAUAAAAUGCAAAUUAAUUACUUAAAAAUCAUACAAUCUGAUUUUCUGGAUUUUUGUUUUAGAUUCCGUCUCUCACAGUUGAAGUAUACCUAUGAUAAAAAUUACAGACCUCUACAUGCUUUGUAAGUAGGAAAACCUGCAAAAUCGGCAGUGUAUCAAAUACUUGUUCUACCCACUGUAUAUACAGUUGAAGUUGGAAGUUUACAUACACUUAGGUUGGAGUCAUUAAAACUCGUUUUUCAACCACUCCACAAAUUUCUUUUUAACAAACUAGAGUUUUGGCAAGUUGGUUAGGACAUCUACUUUGUGCAUGACACAAGUAAUUUUUCCAACAAUUGUUUACAGACAGAUUAUUUCACUUAUAGUUUACUGUAUCACAUUUCCAGUGGGUCAAAAGUUUACAUACACUAAGUUGACUGUGCCUUUAAACAACUUUUAAUUCAAGAAAAUUAUGUCAUUGCUUUAGAAGCUUCUGAUAGGCUAAUUUAUAUAAUUUGAGUCAAUUGGAGGUGUACCUGUGGAUGUAUUUCAAGGCUACCUUCAAACUCAGUGCCUCUUUGAUUGACAUCUCUUUGCGUGACAUCAGGACAGCAGAGUCACUCACCACCUUCCGGAGACACUUGAAACCCCACCUCUUUAAGGAAUACCUGGGAUAGGAUAAAGCAGGGUUCUUCAAUUCCGGUCCUGCAGGGCCGAAACACUUCUGUUUUUUAUUUCUACCUGGUAGUUCAUUGCACUCACCUGAAGUUUGGGAUCAAAAAAGACCAUAAAAUCACCUAGAAUUUGCCCCUGAUUAGAAGGAGAGGAUGAAAAACAGAGGUGUUUCGGCCCUCCAGGACCGGAAUUGAAGAACCCUGGGAUAAAGUAAUCCUUCUAGCCCCCCUUACCCCACCCCCCCAAAAAAAAAAAAUAUAUAUAUAUAUAUUGUAAAGUGGUUGUCCCACUGGCUAUCAUAAGGUGAAUGCACCAAUUUGUAAGUCGCUCUGGAUAAGAGCGUCUGCUAAAUGACGAAAAUGUAAAUGCAAUGGAAAAUCAAAAGAAAUCAGCCAAGACCUCAGAAAAGAUUUUGUAGACCUCCACAAUUCUGGUUCAUCCUUGGGAGCAAUUUCCAAAUGCCUGAAGGUACCACGUUCAUCUGUACAAACAAUAGUACGCAAGUAUAAACACCAUGGGACCACGCAGCCGUCAUACUGCUCAGGAAGGAGACGCGUUCUGUCUCCUAGAGAUGAACAUACUUUGGUGCGAAAAGUGCAAAUCAAUCCCAGAACAACAGCAAAGGACCUUGUGAAGAUGCUGGAGGAAACGGGUACAAAAGUAUCUAUAUCCACAGUAAAACGAGUCCUAUAUCGACAUAACCUGAAAGGGGGCCCAGCAAGGAAGAAGCCACUGCUCCAAAACCGCCAUAAAAAAGCCAGACUACGGUUUGCAACUGCACAUGGGGACAAAGAUCAUACUUUUUGGAGAAAUGUCCUUUGGUCUGAUGAAACAAAAAUAGAACUGUUUGGCCAUAAUGACCAUCGUUAUGUUUGGAUGAAAAAGGGGGUGGCUUGCAAGCCGAAGAACACCAUCCCAACCGUGAAGCACGGGGUGGCAGCAUCAUGCCGUGGGGGUGCUUUGCUGCAGGAGGGACUGGUGCACUUCACAAAAUAGUUGGCAUCAUGAGGAAGGAAAAUUAUGUGGACAUAUUGAAGGAACAUCUCAAGACAUCAGUCAGGAAGUUAAAGCUUGGUCGCAAAUGGGUCUUCCAAAUGGACAAUGACCCCAAGCAUACUUCCAAAGUUGUGGCAAAAUGGCUUAAGGACAACAAAGUCAAGGUAUUGGAAUGGCCAUCACAAAGCCCUGACCUCAAUCCUAUAGAAAAUGUGUGGGCAGAACUGAAAAAGCGUGUGCGAGCAAGGAGGCCUACAAACCUGACUCAGUUACACCAGCUCUGUCAGGAGGAAUGGGCCAAAAUUCACCCAAUUUAUUGUGGGAAGCUUGUGGAAGACUACCCGAAACAACAUUUGACACAAGUUAAACAAUUUAAAGGCAAUGCUACCAAAUACUAAUUGAGUGUAUGUCAACUUCUGACCCACUGGGAAUGUGAUGAAAUAAAUUAAAGCUGAAAUAAAUAAUUCUCUCUACUAUUAUUCUGACAUUUCACAUUGUUAAAAUAAUAAAGUGGUGAUCCUAACUGACCUAAGACAGGGAAUAUUUACUAGGAUUAAAUGUCAGGAAUUGUGAAAAACUGAGUUUAAAUGUAUUUGGCUAAGGUGUAUGUAAACUUCCGACUUCAAUACAGUGAGGGAAUUAAGUAUUUGAUCCCCUGCUGAUUUUGUAUGUUUGCCCACUGACAAAGACAUGAUCAGUCUAUAAUUUUAAUGGUAGGUUUAUUUGAACAGUGAGAGACAGAAUAACAACAAAAACAUCCAGAAAAACGCAUGUCAAAAAAUGUUAUAAAUUAAAUUAGCAUUUUAAUGAGGGAAAUAAGUAUUUGACCCCUCUGCAAAACAUGAUUUAGUACUUGGUGGCAAAACCCUUGUUGGCAAUCACAGAGGUCAGACUUUCUUGUAGUUGGCCACCAGGUUUACACACAUCUCAGGAGGGAUUUUGUCCCACUCCUCUUUGCAGAUCUUCUCCAAGUCAUUAAGGUUUCGAGGCUGACGUUUGGCAACUCGAACUUUCAGCUCCCUCCACAGAUUUUCUAUGGGAUUAAGGUCUGGAGACUGGCUAGGCCACUCCAGGACCUUAAUGUGCUUCUUCUUGAGUCACUCCUUUGUUGCCUUGGCCGUGUGUUUUGGGUCAUUGUCAUGCUGGAAUACCCAUCCACGACCCAUUUUCAAUGCCCUGGCUGAGGGAAGGAGGUUCUCACCCAAGAUUUGACGGUACAUGGCCCCGUCCAUCGUCCCUUUGAUGCGGUGAAGUUGUCCUGUCCCGUUAGCAGAAAAACACCCCCAAAGCAUAAUGUUUCCACCUCCAUGUUUGACAUUGGGGAUGGUGUUCUUGGGGUCAUAGGCAGCAUUCCUCCUCCUCCAAACACGGCGAGUUGAGUUGAUGCCAAAGAGCUCAAUUUUGGUCUCAUCUGACCACAACACUUUCACCCAGUUCUCCUCUGAAUCAUUCAGAUGUUCAUUGGCAAACUUCAGACGGGCAUGUAUAUGUGCUUUCUUGAGCAGGGGGACCUUGCGGGCGCUGCAGGAUUUCAGUCCUUCAUGGCGUAGUGUGUUACCAAUUGUUUUCUUGGUGACUAUGGUCCCAGCUGCCUUGAGAUCAUUGACAAGAUCCUCCUGUGUAGUUCUGGGCUGAUUCCUCACCGUUCUCAUGAUCAUUGCAACUCCACGAGGUGAGAUAUUGCAUGGAGCCCCAGGCCAAGGGAGAUUGACAGUUCCUUUGUUUCUUCCAUUUGCGAAUAAUCGCACCAACUGUUGUCACCUUCUCACCAAGCUGCUUGGCGAUGGUCUUGUAGCCCAUUCCAGCCUUGUGUAGGUCUACAAUCUUGUCCCUGACAUCCUUGGAGAGCUAUUUGGUCUUGGCCAUGGUGGAGAGUUUGGAAUCUGAUUGAUUGAUUGCUUCUGUGGACAGGUGUCUUUUAUACAGGUAACAAGCUGAGAUUAGGAGCACUCCCUUUAAGAGUGUGCUCAUAAUCUCAGCUCGUUACCUGUAUAAAAGACACCUGGGAGCCAGAAAUCUUUCUGAUUGAGAGGGGGUCAAAUACUUAUUUCCCUCAUUAAAAUGCAAAUCAAUUUAUAACAUUUUUGACAUGCGUUUUUCAUGGAUUUUUUUGUUGUUAUUCUGUCUCUCACUGUUCAAAUAAACCUACCAUUAAAAUUAUAGACUGAUCAUUUCUUUGUCAGUGAGCAAACGUACAAAAUCAGCAGGGGAUCAAAUACUUUUUUCCCUCACUGUAUAUAUAUAUAUACACACUACCAUUCAAAAGUUUGUGGUCACUUGGAAAUGUCCUUGUUUUCAAAAGAAAAGCAAUUUUUUUGGUCCAUUAAAAUAACAUCAAAUUGAUCAGAAAUACCGUGUAGACAUUGUUAAUGUUGUAAAUGGCUAUUGUAGCUGGAAACGGCUGAUUUUUAAUGGGAAUAUCUACAUAGGCGUACAGAGGCCCAUUAUCAGCAACCAUCAGUCCUGUGUUCCAAUGGCACGUUGUGUUUGCUAAUCCAAGUUUAUCAUUUUAAAAGGCUAAUUGAUCAUUAGAAAACCCUUUUGCAAUUAUGUUAGCACAGCUGAAAACUGUUGUGCUGAUUUAAAGAAGCAAUAAAACUGGUCUUCUUGAGAGUAGUUGAGUAUCUGGAGCAUCAGCAAUUGUGGGUUCGAUUACAGGCUCAAAAUGGCCAGAAACAAAGAACCUUCUUCUGAAACUCGUCAGUCUAAUCUUGUUCUGAGAAAUUAAGGCCAUUCUAUGCGAGAAAUUGCCAAGAAACUGAAGAUCUCGUACAAUGCUGUGUACUACCCCCUUCACAGAACAGCGCAAACUGGCUCUAACCAGAAUAGAAAGAGGAGUGGGAGGCCCCAGUGCACAACUGAGCAAGAGGACAAAUACAUUAGUGUCUAGUUUGAGAAACAGGCGCCUCACAGGUCCUCAACUGGCAGCUUCAUUAAAUAGUACCCGCAAAACAACAGUCUCAACGUCAACAGUGAAGAGGCUACUCCAGGAUGCUGACCUUCUAGGCAGAGUUGCAAAGAAAAAGCCAUAUCUCAGACUGCCCAUCUUAAUCUUUUCUUUAUAUUGGCCAGUCUGAGAUAUGGCUUUUUCUUUAUUAUUAUUUAUUUUAGACAGGUCUAAAGAAACAUGAUAUGAAGAAAAUUUAGUUUAUUUCAGAAGAACAGAAUAGCAUACUCUAAGUUGUCCUUGUGUUAGGUCCUGAUCUGGCUAUGCAAAAUGGCUGCAGGCUACACUAGUUUAUUUAGCAGACAAGAUUUGCUUAUAAUUCUGUGGCAUUAUUUUAUAGUAUGAAGAAUACAAUUGAACAAAGCUGAAUAAAUAGAAAGGAUAUUUUCUCCAAACGAUUUGAGGGAGUGCACACAUGCAGCUAUUCUGUGUGGAGCAGUUAACAAAGAAAUAGUUACUCCUAUAUGCUUAAUGUAGAGUUAUUUUUGUAACUUUAGUUGUUCUACAAACAUUGGGCUAUAUGUUUCGAUUUUUAAUACGUUGUAAGGCUGCAUGAUGCGUCUCUAAUGAUGAUUUGAAAAAAGUUGAUUGAAAGGCAUGAGCUCUGCUUUGUUUUUUUGCGCAUGCUGUACACACUUCAUCAGUCUCUCAUUCAGACAAGCACUUGAUAAUGCCUCAAAUUUCCCGGCGGAGUCCCGUUUGUGGCCGUAAUGCACCUUAAAGAAAUCCAUGCCUUUUGCGGCCAGUGACCAUUGUUCCCUUCUCCCUGAGUGUUGCGUUGUGCCCUUCUCCCUGAGUGCUGGGCUCCGAAGCACCUCUCACUCACAUGGCUCUCCAUCACGUGAUCAGGUCUUUCUCACAGGCUACAAGUGAAGACAGACACUUCGGGGACGCAACUGCGCACGUCCUUAUCCAAUUCCGAGGUGCAUAUUGAAGAUAUUGGAAGAACUGUCCAUAUUUACUUUUCAUCAGCCAACAAGAUGAGUAAGCCAAACAAACAGCAAAAGCACUAGACUAUGUCAGUCUACUAUCCCCCAUAGUACAAAAGUUGACCUAUUCUGUCUGGGACAGUUGUGGGAUGCGAUAGAUCCCAAAUUAACACAACCACUAGCAUAAAAAAAUAUGUUUACGCAAUGUGGCUGACGCAACAGAUCAGAACGUUUAGCUUUUUAGGCUAUUUCUUCACAUUAUAAGCGCAGCAAUACGCACACGGCAGUAGGCUAUAAGCGUGAAUGUUCCAUUAGUGGGUAAACACCAUUAUCAAAAGUGACCGCAAAUGGGAUUAUGCAUGUAAUGCUUUUAUUAUAAAGGUGCAUUUUAUGUUGAAAAUGAUCUUCCCCAAACUUGAAACUCACGCGCUGCUUAUGUAUGCCAGUUAGGCUCUACACCCCUUGUAAAGCGGAUUAAUGUGCUUAUUAAUGUGCUGUUAUUUGGCCACUUUAGUUGUAAUACAAACCUGAUCAGUCCCUACACCCAAACGAGGGCAUUGCGUUCAUCCACCUCUGGCCUGCUGGCUCCCCUUCCUCUGCGGAAGCAUAGUUCCCGCUCAGCCCAGUCAAAACUGUUCGCUGCUCUGGCACCCCAAUGGUGGAACAAGCUCCCUCACGACGCCAGGACAGCAGAGUCACUCACCACCUUCCGGAGACAUUUGAAACCCCACCUCUUUAAGGAAUACCUGGGAUAGGAUAAAGUAAUCCUUCUACCCCCCCCCCCCCCCCCCCCCCCCCCAAAAAAAUUGUAAAGUGGUUAUCCCACUGGCUAUAGGGUGAACGCACCAAUUGGUGAGUCGCUCUGGAUAAGAGCGUCUGCUAAAUGACGUAAACGUGCCCUUGAGCAAGGCACUUAACCCUAAUUGCUCCUGUAAGUCGCUCUGGAUAAGAGCGUCUGCUAAAUGACUAAAAUGUAAAUGUAAAUGUAAAACAAAUAUGCCUAUGAGCUAGGCUACAUGAGGUGUGUGACUAUGAUUCGAAAAAGUCACAAAAAAAGGCUUUGUUUCUUGCCUUACGCUGGGCAUCAUUCACAAGUGAUAAUAUAUCACUCACAAGUGCUAGGCUAAUAUUGUCACCCAUCAGACUAUUCUUGAUUUAAUCUUGUCUUUACAUAUACUAAAUAAUAUAUGUGUGAAAUUUGUUUUGAUUUAGAAUGGACCAUUAUCAUGCACCUGUCUCGAAACAGGGGCAGGGGGAAAAUACAUGUCAUCUAUGCACUUACAUAGCGAAUGGAGGACGCUUUUCCAGUGGUUCAUUUUCAUGCCAGCUAGGUAGGCUAUACUCCUGUUAUAAAGAGAAGCAAUGUGCUUAAUAUUAGGAAAGUUGAGAAAUAAAUAUAGUAGGCCUAGCCUAUAGAAAGCUGAUGGGAUACUCCUCUUUUUAAUAGAGGCCAUCACUCUGUUUUCUCACGCAAUUGCAUAGCCUAUAGAAAUGUUGCGCAACAUGAGCUCAUGGGCUCUCAUUAAGUGUUUGAUUAGAUUUUCGAUUACAUUUGCAUUGAUGUCAGAUUGAUUAGAGGGACAAUAGACUGCUGAGUACCAGGCAGUUAGCAAGUUUGGUAGGCUACUAAUGACCAUCAGCAGCAUCAGAGCUUGGAAAAGCCUAAUUACGUGACCAAAUGGGCACGUGGAAUUUGACUGCCUUCAUGACUCGUGACCGCCGGUGUGGCACCGACUACCAUACCCCGUUCAAAGUCACUUAAAUAUUUUGUCUUGCCCAUUCACCCUCUGAAUGGCACACAUACACAAUCCAUGUCUCAGUUGUCUCAAGGCUUAAAACUCAGUCUUUAACCUGUCUCCUCCCCUUCAUCUAAACUGAAGUGGAUUUAACAAGUGACAUUAAUAAGGAAUCAUAGCUUUCACCUGGAUUCACCUGGUCAGUAUGUCAUGGAAAGAGCAGGUGUUCCUAAUGUUUUGUACACUCAGAGUAUGUGUUAUAUGGUAUAUUUUAUUGUAUACUACUGUUAUAUUAGCUACAUACAACACUGCGUACUGUCCCUCACAGUGAUCAAAUCAGCAUGGUAUUAGAAAACUCAGACAUGCUUUGAUUGUCAUGUCUGUACAGGACAACUCAAUCACGUUUGUGGACUGUGAGAAUCUGGCUAACCUCAGAGUUCUUCGACUGGGCCGGAACCGUCUGACAUCCAUCCAUGGUCUGGCUGGUGCUGUGGAUCUGGACGUUCUGGAGCUCUCGCACAACUCCAUCACCCGCAUGGGUAAGCUGAGCUCAGGUCCCCAUCGAAUCGGUAAGCUGAGCUCAGGUCCCCACUGCAUUGGUAAGCUGAGUUCAGGUCCCCACUGCAUUGGUAAGCUGAGUUCAGGUCCCCAUCGCAUCGGUAAGCUGAGCUCAGGUCCCCAUCGCAUCGGUAAGCUGAGUUCAGGUCCCCUCGCAUCGGUAAGCUGAGCUCAGGUCCCCACCGCAUCGGUAAACUGAGCUCAUUGAUGGCCUAUACAGAGUGUGGAAAACUCUGUUUGAAUUUAGAUUCUUUAUUCAGCACCACAUACAUGGUUUUCCAGGUCUAAAUUAGACAAUGAUUCAAAGGCAAGGAUGGAAAUCUGUGGACUGUGCAGCCUUCCAGAUGACUCACACCCCUGCCUGCCUGCUCUAAAGUUACAGUAACUUCAUGGCUAGUUGGAACCACUGCCAUCCACUAGGGAGCAGUGUACCUCUUCUUUUGAGCUCCUGCUCGGUAUACAUUGAAAUGUGACUUAGUUACUGUGAAUAACAGACCAGGAGCCAGGCCUCAAGUCAUGAAUAGAUAUUAGCUGCCUGAGAAAACCGUGAAUGCUUUUUUUAUUGGCAGUUUAGCCUUGAACGUUACUAAAACGGUAACCUUGGCCACACACUGAAAUUAGAUCUUCUUUGGUUCAUAUGAAUCCUACUUCAGCUCCUCACAGUUCCACAAUCUGGUUUUGUCCUCCUAAUGACUAUUUUGGUAUGCAAAUGAGGCAUGACAUUAUCUACUACUUUACAUACUGAAAGUACUACUGUAAGGAAAAUUCUUCUUCUUCAAAGGUGGUCUGGAGCCAUUGAAGAGGUUGCAGAAGUUAUUGUUGGACCACAACCAGCUGAUCAGUACUAGAGGACUGAGAGAGGUGUACACGCUGCUACAGCUGGACUUGUCUCACAACCAUCUGUCCAGUGUAGAGGGUCUGGACAACUGUGCUCUGCUCAACACACUGGACCUGACGGGAAACAAUCUCACUGAGGUAAAAUACAUAGUUGGUAUAUCAAUGAUAGUUUAGACCAUGUAGGCCUAAAUACCAGGUAAGUACUAGAUUAAACUACUGCCAUUACUCCUGCAUUUUAAAAAUUGUAUUAUUUAUUUAUUUAUUUAACCUUUAUUUAACCAGGUAAGCCAGUUGAGAACAAGUUCUCAUUUACAACUGCGACCUGACCAAGAUAAAGCAAAGCAGUGUGAUAAAAACAUGAUGGAUUAUAUGGGAAAAUUGAAAAUGGCCUCGUUGGAUAGUUUGACACCCAGCAGCAGUUCGUCCUCCCUAACCCACUCACACUCACAGCCUCACACUCACAGCAGCUAUCUGUUGAUGGCUGGCAUCAAUGAGUUGAAACGCACAGCAGGACUAAAACAGUUGACACUGACCAAUUGGAGCCACUUAAGUGGUAAAGCACCAGUAGUGCCUGUCAGCAGCACCAGUAGUGCCUGUCAGCAGCACCAGUAGUGCCUGUCAGCAGCAGCGGUAGUGCCUGUCAGCAGCACCGGUAGUGCCUGUCAGCAGCACCGGUAGUGCCUGUCAGCAGCACCGGUAGUGCCUGUCAGCAGCACCGGUAGUGCCUGUCACCGGUAGUGCCUGUCAGCAGCACCGGUAGUACCUGUCAGCAGCACCAGUAGUGCCUGUCAGCAACACCAGUAGUACCUGUCAGCAGCACCAGUAGUACCUGUCAGCAGCACCAGUAGUGCCUGUCACCGGUAGUGCCUGUCAGCAGCACCGGUAGUGCCUGUCACCGGUAGUGCCUGUCAGCAGCACCAGUAGUGCCUGUCAGCAGCACCGGUAGUACCUGUCAGCAGCACCGGUAGUACCUGUCAGCAGCACCGGUUGUGCCUGUCAGCAGCACCAGUAGGACCUGUCAGCAGCACCAGUAGGACCUGUCAGCAGCACCAGUAGUACCUGUCAGCAGCACCGGUAGUACCUGUCAGCAGCACCGGUAGUACCUGUCAGCAGCACCGGUAGUGCCUGUCAGCAACACCAGUAGUACCUGUCAGCAGCACCAGUAGUACCUAUCAGCAGCACCAGUAGUACCUGUCAGCAGCACCGGUAGUACCUGUCAGCAGCACCGGUAGUGCCUGUCAGCAACACCAGUAGUACCUGUCAGCAGCACCGGUAGUACCUGUCAGCAGCACCGGUAGUACCUGUCAGCAGCACCGGUAGUGCCUGUCAGCAGCACCGGUAGUGCCUGUCAGCAGCACCGGUAGUGCCUGUCAGCAGCACCGGUAGCUAGGUUUAGGUAAACUCACUAUCACUCUCUCUUUCUCCAUCUGUCUUUUUCUGUCUCACUUUCUUUCCUUGUCUUUCUCUGUGUCUGUCUGUGUCUCUCUCCUUAUCUCUCUCGCUGUCGCACUCUCUCUCUCUCUCUCUCUCUCUCCCUUCCUUUCUCUCUCCCCUAGCUACCCAGUCUGAGGAACCAGGUCCUCCUGGUGGAGCUCCGUCUGGAGGACAACAGCAUCUCCUCACUGGAGGGCCUGACAGCCUGCUGGCUCCCCCUGAUGCAGCUCCUCUCUGGGGCCCAAAACAGGUAACAUCACAUGGCAUUCCGUCUGAUGCCAUUGUUAUGUUUUAUGUUGUGUUGUGUAACUACAGUAUAUGUAUGCUGCUCUCUUGGCCUUUGGCACACUUUAAAAAAUAGAUGUCAAUCUCAAUGUGACUUCUCUGGUUAAAUAAAGGAUUUAAGAAAUCCAAUGAACUGGGGCGGCAGGUAGCUUAGUGAUUAAGAGCGUUGUGCCAGUAACCGAAAGGUCGCUGGUUCUAAUUCCCGAGCCGACUAGGUGAAAAAUCUGUCGAUGUGCCCUUGAGCAAGGCACUUAACCCUAAUUGCUCCUGUAAGUCGCUCUGGAUAAGAGCGUCUGCUAAAUGACUAAAAUGUAAAAAUGUAACUAGGCCAGUUUGAAUUGUACUAGCUACAUGUAAGUAAUUCAGUGUUUGUGUUUUUAAGAAAACCAAUGUAAUGUUGCUGAGUGAUCGGUAAGUACAAUGUAAAGGGGUUGCCAUGAAAUUAACAGUAUCUUACAGGCAGCUCGUGGCAAGUAAAAUUCUGUAUUUCAUAUUACAGUACACCUACUGUAAUAUAAAUACGGUAUCAAAGCAAGUACUGUGUAAUGUCACACAGUACAAUACUGUAAAAUUGACUGUAUUAUAUUGUAAAAAAGUAAAUGCAACCGUAAUCGAAAUGAAUGAAUGGAUGAAUGAUUGAAAUUCAUUGAGGGGAGGGGUUUGUAUUUUACAGUAUUUCACUGUAAUUGGGCUAUGGAUUGUGCUAGAUAAAGUGUUUACACAUUACAGCAUAUUAAUGAAUAUUUUGUGUUUUAUAUCACUUGCACAUCUAGAGGCCUUAACAAAGGCUUCCAAACUUGCAGCGACUACAGGGCAAAACAGACCAAAAGGACAUGGCAAAAUGCUCAACCAUUUAAGUCUUGCGUUUAAGUCUUGCGUUUUAAGUCUUGCUGCCACUCCAAUCUGUCCCCUAUACAUUUUAAAUGUCAUGGGGAACUAUAACCACAUAGGAGUUCAAUUGGUACAGAAUUCUCACUCACGGGUGCAACAAAUAUAACCUCUUACAAGGCACGCCUCAAAACAUGUUAAUGAGCCAGAAACAACAAUACCAUGCACUCACUAAUGGUCAAAGGGUUUUUGGCGCUCCAAAGAUACGGUUUGGUACUGUUUUCUGUGGGGUGGAAUUACAGUACCAUUCGAAAUACAGCAAUUUUCCCACAAUGCACCAGAAGAUACAGUAUGCUGCAGUAACACAUUUGAGUUUUUUUUUUUUUUACUGUUGAUAAUACCUAAAAUUACUGUAUAAAUUACAGUUUUCCAUUACAGUGUAUUUCAUGUAUUUUCUUAAUUUGUGUUUUACAGUAUAACCCAACUGCCAUCACUGUGUGAUUUUGUGUCACUGGAGAAGCUGGAUGUCAGACACAACUGCCUCUCAGGUAAGAGUUUAUUAUUUUAAUUUGAUUUAACUUUUGAUGUCCAAAAUAUUUCAGUUGUCAUCGCAUUUACAUACUGUAGUUAUAUGCUAUUCCAUUUAUAUUAUUCUGCUAUGUGCCUUUCUAUGUGAGUGGAUGGGAGCAUUUUAAGUGUGAAUCUAUGGUAAUACCUAUGUCUACGUUAUGAAUAAUGUCACACAUCUGGGGAAUGCGAUGCGCCUCCAUCCAGUAAAUGUCAGGGGAUCCAGCAGGAGAUAAAGAUACAGUCUCCAUAACAAGAUCAGAUACCUGCGAUAGUGAUAUAUAAACAGGGAAAACCUGAAGCUCAGGCCUUUGCUGCUCUGCCUCUGUGUGAUGUAUUUGUAUUUAUUAUGGAGCCCUGGCAGCAGCUACUCUUCUUGGGGUCAAGCAAAAUUAAGGCAGUUAUACAUUUAAAAAAAACAUUACAAUACAUUCAUAAUAGAUUUCACAGCACACUAAGUGUGUGCCAUCAGGCCCCUACUCCACUACCACAUAUCUACAACACAAUAUCCAUGUGCACGUGUGUGUAUAGAGCGUAUGUUAUCAUGUGUGUGUGUAUGUGUCUGUGCCUAUGAUGUAAAACUAUAAGCUCAGGCCUCUGCUGCUCUGCCUGUCUGUUGUAGAGCUGCAGAACCUGUGUGAGAGUCUGCAGGGAUGUCCACUCCUCCGAGAGGUCCAUCUCACUGGGAAUCCCCUUCAGCAAGAGACCAGCUGGAGGUAGCGCAAGCCCAAUGACAAACACACAAUAUGUGAAUAUGUGAAUAUGUAUGGGCGACAAGCCCUGGGCCCUGUGGUUGCAUGCACCCGUGGUAGAGAGCAAUGUUGUCAUACACACAUCACCUUAUACGGUAACACUACUUGGACACUGCAUCAUAACAGGUACAUACCAGUGGAGGCUGCUGAGGGGAGGACGGCUCAUAAUAAUGGCCGGAACGGAGCAAAUGGAAUGGCAUCAAACACCUGGAGACCAAGUGUUUGAUGUAUUUGAUACCAUUCCACUGAUUCCGCUCCAAUCAUUACCACGAGCCACGAGCCCAUUCUCCCCAAUUAAGGUGCCACCAACCUCCUGUGGUACAUACAGUAAAUUCCCAGUCAUCAACAUUGCAAAGAUUAGUUUAAAAAUUGAAUGAAAAUUGUUUUUAAAAUGGUAGCAUAGAGAGACAGACAGACAUAAUUAACUUCUCUAGCUUUGUUCUGGAAUAUCACUGCUGGGGUGGAUGUGAGAAGUUAGGUUACAUACCAACGGGAAUGCCAAGCCACUGCCAUUUCAUAUCAUCCCUCCUGUCGCAGAAUGUGGGCCCAGUGCGGAGGAGGAUGUUGGCUGUGGUGACUAAGGUAGAAUAAACAUUCCACCAGAGCUUCCUGGCCACAUCCCGGGAUUAGCCUAGUAAUCUGGGAAUGCUAUUGGAUUACCCAACGUGCCAGUGACAUCCGCACCGCGCAGCCGCACAACUUCUGUAGCACUAAGGGGCAGUAGUUCCCAAAAUAUUUAUUCAACUGAAAAAUCUAUUAAGUUUUCAAUGUCAAUUUGCUCUUUCACUUACAGCGCCAAAACAUUUUCCUCAUGUACAUUUAAGUGGGUCCAAAUGAGUUGAUAUGAAAAAUGUGCGUUCGCUAGAGCGCUUAACUUCAAGUAGCGGUAGUCUAGCUAGAUUUCAGCAUUUCAGCAUUACACGUUGUCAUUAGUGGUCUUAACAGUUUAUGACUGACAAUCCAUGUAUAACUUUUAUGAAGUGUGAAAUUGCAAAUAGUUUUAACAUUUUAAGGUCCGUCUAGUCAUAGCAUUAGCCUAGAUGAUGCCUGGAUCUCUCAAGAACUGUUACGACAGGAUUUAAUAAUACCAGUAGCCUACUACCGUUUCCUCGCCCAUGUCAUGUAGGAAACGUGUCACUGAGCAAACACUUAGAAGAACCAUGAUUAACACACAUAUUUUUCACUGCCUUUACCUCUACUGUAUAUCUGAAUCUUACUAGUGUUUUUCUUCUAAUCAACCAGUAGUAGUACUGUACACCACAUUAUGCAUUCUGUCUACAUACAUUUUUGCAGUCAGCACCCACCCAGACAUAUGGUUUUCUUUUACCUGGGGUGCCCCACUGUUAGCCUCAAUGGAGAAUAAAUAUUCCCAAUAAACUUUACCUAACCUCCAAUGCCAACAGUGGAAUUAGCCCCCUGUAUUUCCCCACUCUCCCCCUGGCCCUUUCAUCCCAAUCCAGCGAUAACACCGGCUAAACUAAAGCACCAAAUGGAGAUUGCUAAGAAAUACACUUCCAGCAGCCCUGAGCCAGGGGAAGAAGAAAGCACUCCGCCUGAUUAAUCAGACCUCUUUAAGAGCCUGUGUUUUCAAGGAAGUCUUCACUAAAUGAAAUAUAUGGAGCCAGGUUGGGUUAGGUUGGAACCGGAGAGAGAGAGAGAGAGAGAGAGAUGGAUGGAAUGGAGGGACGGACGCAGCUGGAGAGCUAGGGCCAGGAAGGAACACUGGACUGUCCCCUAGUUAGAGAGAGAAGGAGCUGCAUGUCUACGGCUCUGGGCUCCGCUUAAUAAAUACAUUUAUUCAAAUGAGCCAAGCAGGUCAAAUUGCUCAGCAUUCUUUGAAACUAAUUUCCUGAGUUCUUUCAUUUGAACCUUGUACAUUUAACACAAAUAACCAGUGGCAUGUAAUUACAAAGCAUGUUUUUUCCCGCCCAAAAACAUUAUUUUUACAUUUACAUUUUAGUCAUUUAGCAGACGCUCUUAUCCAGAGCGACAUACAGUUAGUGAGUGCAUACAUUUUCACAUUUUGAUAUUAUGUGUGCCCACCUCACGUCAAUGAGCUCAUGUGAGGAUCAAGGCUUUAUUAUGGUUUAUGCUUCGUUAUAAGAGGGUCCGGUCGGCCAGACGACAAGCCUGGAGGGCUGGAAACUAAUCCUUGUUUGUGUGUGUGUGUGUGUGUGUGUGAGAGCGAGAGAGAUAGAGGGGUGAGGUGGGGCUCAUCAAAACCCCAUUACUCUGACAGUGUACUGCAUAACCUGUGACCUAGAGUCAUGUUUGUGGCACAGUACAGGGAGUUCAGCGGGUUCUUGCCCCACCAUCAUUAUUUAGGAUAUUAUAAGCCAGAUGUUGAUAAUCUAAACUAAAGGCUCCCAUCUUUUUGGCACAUUUUUUAUUGGAUUUAGGCUCAUAUUGACAGCAACAGCACCUGUGGUAAAAUGACCAGAAGCAAAUGCUAACCAAACAUUUAUUGUGAACAUAAAUUGCUGUAGGUUAGUAGUAGUUAUUUAAAGUUCUUUUUUUACAUUUAAAAUUUUUAUGAAGACUAAUAAUUACAGAUUAGUUACAGAGAAAGAUUUGUCAUGUCACAGCAAACAAAUAUAUUCAUACUGUAUAAAUGUACUCUAUUUGUAAAUUGUCACGGCUCUGUAAUACUGUACGCGUUUCCUAAUGCGUUUCUUUCUACAUUUUCACAUUGGCAUCAAUCGACCACAUUUGGCCAUGCAGUUUGCUUUGGAGACCAUUUUCUCUGCUGGCAGAUUUUUGGGAUUCCUCAGCUUGCACAUCCUUAGCCUCAGGCCGCUGUUACCUCUCUCUCCCAUAGACACACAGCUCAGCAGCCAUCCCCCUCACAGCACAGCCAGGCCACCAUCAGCUGCUUCAGCUUAAGGCUUGCGUCCCAAAUGGCACCCUAUUCCUUAUGUAGUGCACUACUUUUGACCAGUGCACUACGUAGGGAAUAGGGUGCCAUUUGGGAUACAGCUUAACUCACUCUUUUAGUGGUUGAGAAAAAAGGAAAAUGACAACAGAAACAAGGAGAGCCAGAGCCUGAAGCCCAGUCUUUAGACUCACAGUCUUUCAUCUGCAGCUCAACAUGUCAUCACAUUCUUCCGCUUUGAGAAAAUCAAGACUCUAACCAAACUUCUUGUUUCGCAUGGAGGAAAAUGGUUUUGAUUCUGCUGUGCCUGAAACGUCAAACUCGUUUUAGGAUUUUAUCCCUGUUCGCUCUCUCAAGGAGGUGCAUCUACUCUGCCUAAGGACUCCUUUGCCAAGCUAUUGCAUACAACAAGCUUCCACUGGCACGUCAUAGUACACUUUAGACAUCCGAGUUGGGGUCAAUUCAAUUGGAACUUUUUCAGUUCAGAAAAUGGGUUGACCCUUUAAAUGUUUUAUAAUCUGUUUGAAUUAAAAUCUAAUCCAGGAUAAUUCACAAUUCCUAUUUGAACAAUGUUGAAUAUGUAAUUGUGUUAUGUGAUCAUGUAUCAUUUAGGGUUUUAGAAUAUGGAGAGCACUUUACAUGACGGGGCCUCAAAUGUAUGUAUUUAUUACAUGGUAGUUACAUACAGUUACUGUGUCGAGAUUUUAAAAUAAAUGUUCUUUCAUUUACUGAAUGCAAUUGUUACCUUGAAAAGUUGUAGACUUUUCUGAGUAUAGGACAUUACUUUUUGAAAUGCUACCAAGUAGCAUAAACCCUAGUAGGGUAUGUAUGGUAUUCUAUAGCAUCCAACCAUGAUCUUUAUUGAUUAACCCACCAUGUUAUCUUCCACAGGUCCAGUCUGCAGAGGGCUGUGCCGGGCCUACAGGCCAUAGACGGGCAGCCUGUCGGCUCCUCUCCAGCGCUGCCUCCUGGUCCUGGUCUAGUCAGGGCCCUGCUGCCUCAGGACAGCUUUCUAGCCUUCUGUCAGGCACAGCUACAGCAGUUCCACACACUGCAGCACAGCUACACCGCAGAACUCAGGUUACUACAGACACUCGUCAGCUUUUCUGCUGGACACCUCAGCUUACACAUAAUGCUGUAGGAUAGCAACAUCAUACAGACAAACUCAAACCUGCAUAUUAGUAUUAUUAGCAUAUCUGAUACACAGUGUGCCCAAAGCUGAAAGGCAACGUUUAGCUGUUUUUGUAAGUAGUGUGAGGACACUAGUCUUUACGGACGAACACCCCUAGACAGACCAGACCACCAACAUAUAGACCAGUGGUCAACCCUCAGCUUAUCUUCCUGACUUCACCAUAAUUAUGUUUCACAAAAGAUGAAACGCAGUGGUGUCUAGUGGUAUGGGUCAGACCAAGGAGUCCCAUGGCUCGGGGGGGGGACCACAGUCCUCUCCUCUCCACCCCUGUCCGUGCUCCAUGCACCCCCUCUGGGCGGUGGACAAUGGGCCUUUCUGGGGGCAGGGCAGGGACCACCGCAGCCAGUUAACCCCUGGCUCAAGUCUCGACCCAGGGCCAGACAAGGUCUAGAGAGGUGAAGAGUCUGACUGUGGCUCGGGCCUGUCUAGUAAAGCUGGUAAAAUGAUGUAGACAUCCUGGGGUUUACCCUGCUGUGUAAAGUUUUACAACACUGUUGAGAGAAAUUAAAGUCCUUACUUUCUCUAUAAGUUUCUAUGUGUAUUGACAGAUUUGACUAAACACAAAAAUAGGCCUAUCUCUGCAAUGUUACGUUGCCGCCCUCAUUUCACAUAGUGUAAAUGGGGUCGAAGUACCUUUCUGAAUGAAUCCCAGUUAGUUUUUCCAGUAAAAUGUUCCAUUCCAGUUCCAUCAUGUGCUUGAACUGCUGUAGCUAGUAGCCCCAGGGCAGCAGGUAUUUGCCUUGGCACACUGUUCCUCUCAUGUAACUGCCCUCCACAGGUCCUAUUUCAGUCUGCCAAGACAAUAUGACCUUAAUUGUUUAAUAACAUAAAUUAUUAUUUUACUUUAAGAUACAAAAUGGAGUAUAUUUUCUCCCUUACUGACUACGCACUGCUUUCCUUUACUGAUAUACACCUUCCCCUCGACCCUGUGGUGGGAUGGCAGGUACAAGGAGGAGAAAUCGAGGUCACUGUCUAUAUGGUCCCCCUCUUUACCCGUCUUCUAGUUGAAUAGCAGGGGCAUUGUGAAGGCAAGGCUUGUUCCCAGCCCAGCCCUGUGCUACCUAGGCUUUAGGGCUAGUGGGCAGACCGUGUAGGGUGGUGCACUAUAAUAAUAAAUAAUAUAAUAAUAUGCCAUUUAGCAGACGCUUUUAUCCAAAGCGACUUACAGUCAUGCGUGCAUACAUUUUUGUGUAUGGGUGGUCCCGGGGAUCGAACCCACUACCUUGGCGUUGCAAGCGCCGUGCUCUACCAGCUGAGCUACAGAGGACCACAGCUCUGAGUAGCCCUCAGGGUCAUAGAUACAUAGGGGGAGGCGGAUCCAAGCGUUGCUAAUAGACUCAUUAAGUUUCCAUUGAGGUGGCUUUGUACCAACUUAAUCCCCUCUAUGAAAGAGACAUUAUAUGGGAUUACAGAACUGACCCCCACACACCCUCUGUGGAGGCAAGCCUGUUGCAGCCCAAAAGUAAGCCAUUUCUUCCAUGCAGAUACUAGGUGAUCAAAUAUAAAAAAGGUGUUGUUGUUCUUGUAGGUAUUCAUCAGACGUAUGUAUCUAUGUUAUCCAUUGCUUAUCUAGUAGGCCUCAUAUAUGAGAGAGGACGGAAUGUAUGUUACACAACCAAGAACGACAUACAAAACAACAAAAUCUACUGAAGUGAUCUUCAUUUGAACGUGUGUAUGUGUUUGUGUGUGCGCAGCGUAGCUCUACCUGCCCUGGAUGCUCUGAGGCGCUCCCUCCAGCUCCAUGAUGAAGCUGUACAGCUGGCUGAGGAGCACAGAUACGCUCACGAAUAUGGAGACACCAGCAUCACCGACAAACAAGGUGACAGUCACAGGAGUGACACCGCCAGGGUUAGCAGGAUCCCUGCCGAAAAGUCUGACGUAGAGGAUAUGGACAGACAUGGUGGUGUCGCGAGUGUCACGAUCGGGGAGCAACCUGAAAAGAAGUCCUGUGGAAACACAAACACCUGGCCACAUGUGGUUCCUCUCAUCAGCCCAGCCAAUGACAACAGUGAGAAGCAGCCUCAGCUCCCAGCAUACAGAUCCAACAGCAGUCCAGGGACUGUUUCCACUAGGCCUGAGUUGAAGCCAGCAGCGCCAGCUAGCUACACCAGUUCCAGCUCUACCUUCUCUGAGGAAAAAAUUACCCGUGCCACUGCCAAGCCCAGCAGUUCACCCAUCCCCAAAGUUCACAACAAGCUGGACCUCAAAAAGUAGUGUUCCCUCACUCAUUAAUUCUUUCAUAGUUUCUCAACUUUUAUUAGUUUCUGCCAAUGAGCAUUUGUCCUCAUUAGAGUCUCCUCCAGUUGAGUGAUGUUGAACAUCAUAUUCACUCUGUCACACAGUCAUCAUUAAGAGGGCUAUCUCAUCUCAGCUAGUAGAGUAUGUAUCUUUGAUAUAAGCUUGUUCUAGACAGGCUGGAUUCCUCCUCUGGAGUCUCUGCAAGCCAGAUGUUUGGACAGAAAUAAAUGUAUGGGCUGCGUCCGAAAUGGCACCCUAUUCCCUAUGUAGCGACCUUCUUUUGACCAGGGCCUCUGGUCAAAAGUAGUGUACCAUAUAGGGAAUAGGGUGCCAUUUGGGAUGCAACCAUGGUCGGAGAGAUUGAGGGUAUGACAUCAUAUAUAUCUCUUUUUGUGUCAUUUUUCGGAGCAGCAUGGCAGCUGUGUUGAUCCAACGCCACUGGAGAGGACACAGAGGACGUCAGAGGAUCCAGCUGUGUCCACCUCCAGGAGAGGGGCAAGAAGGAAGAAGAGGAAGAGAGAGGGGAAGAGGAGACACAGGACCCAGCCAUACUGGGUCAGAGCAGAGCCGUCUGGAACCAGGUUAUGCUGCAACUGCCAUCCAGGUAAGCCAGGGUCACAGGAAACUGGGCUGCGAGUGACUUCCUGGAACUCUUUAUCAUAACUAUUAGACUGGCCGUACAACAGGUUUUUCAACAGUGUCUAUGGAAAUACAUGACUGUCUACUCAGAAAUCAUUGUCUUGCUUCGAUCAAUCCCACAAAUAGAUAUCUUGAGUUGAUCCGUUUUUAUAGAAAUGCAAUUUCUCAUUUGUCAUAGUCCAGUAACAUGUUUCUGAGAAUAUAUAUUUUUUAUUAAUAAUAAAGACAUCAUAUGUCCAGACCUUUUACGAUAUUGAGGCUUAAUUAGGUUAUCCUAUGAUUCAAUAGAUCAAACAUUCUACUUGACACUUCUCCUGAAACUUCCCCUCCUCUCUCUCUCCCCUCUUCUCCUCCUCUCCCAUCCCUCUCUCCCCUCUCUCUCUCUGUACUUGAUGGGCCCUUGAGGAGUAUUUGGCGGUGGGGGGAUAAAAUGAUUAAUCAAAUUCCAGAGUUUUGCAGUAGUGGGAGUGCUGAGGAUUCCAGAUUCCAACACCGCUCACUUUGUGAAGUCAUCCCUUUGGGAAUUCUGAGGAUUUAGAACCCUCGCUGGCGUUCCAUUUGUCUCCUAGCGCUCAAGUCACGCAGAGUUCAAACAGCAGAUCACUCAGCAAUUAAACAGAGGUUAACAUGUUUUAUCUUCCUAAUGGGAUAACACACAAUAUUUAGCUUUGUCCGUGAUUCAUGGCUCUUCCUCUGGUACCUUCGUUCUUCCAGGCUGUUUGGAGAGGCUUUGCUCUGAGGAGGAGGCUGGCUGCUGCUCUGGCCCAGGCUCGGUGCUUCCACCCCAGGGAUCACGAGGCCUUCGAGGAGGUGAACGUGGAUGAAUUUGUCUUUGAUGAGGUAGGCAGUAAGUAGAAACUUCACAGACUGACUCUCUCUGGGUUGACUGGUCUGGACCUCAACUCCCUAUCAACUUGACCUCGCCCCCCAGGAAAAUGGAGACGGGCACGUUUCCCCUUUCCCCUAGUCCUCUCACUCAUCCAAUAGGCUAUUCCCUGGGGAUUAGGAUUAUUAAAGAACACUGUCCACUAUACUGAGGCCAGGGGAAAGUGAAGGAUUCUACAUGAUAAAUGGCAUUUUAGCUAUUCUUUCGUCAUCCACAGGUUCACUUGCCCCCUGUCCUCUCCAAAUGCCAUCCACUUGAGAAUGUGUCUAUGUACAGUGUGUGUGUGUGUGUGUGUGUGUGUUCGUUUGCGUGCGUGCGUGUGCUCAUCUCAAACAUUUAAACAAAACAAAACCUCUUAUCACAUGAUGAUCUGCUCUUUACAUUUUACAUUUUAGUCAUUUAGCAGACGCUCUUAUCCAGAGCGACUUACAGUUAGUGAGUGCAUACAUUUUCAUACUGGCCCCCGUGGGAAACGAACCCACAACCCUGGCGUUGCAAGCGCCAUGCUUUACCAACUGAGCUACAGGGGACUAACACACUUUACUUUGAAGAAGUCACUUCUCCUCACCACCAAACCCUUGGAGGGAAUAGAAAAACAUUGAUGCCCUGUACUGUAGUCUGUCGUUUCACACUGAAGGUGAUUCUCAUCUCACCUCCUUUGGCUUGUAAACAGACGGCCCUGGAGAGAGACUGGAUGAUGACCUCUCUGCUGUCUGACGACUCACCUCCAAAAACCCUCCAUCAUUCUCCUCCAUUCCCAGACCAGCUGCUUGGUCCAAAGGUAACACACAGCGCUGAACCCCCCCACCCCCCCCACCCUUUUAGGAGGCCUGAAAUACCCUAUGCAUCAGCAGAUGUCAUUUUUCACAUGAGCCAGGGCCCUUUUUCUUUCCUUAGUUAUCUCUCCCUUGCUCUUUGCUUUGGAUGAGCGUUGCAGGCAGGACUCUAUAUCACGGUAGCUAACUGCUCUGCCUGGCGCUCACUGAUGGGUGGCAGCUGCUGCCACUGCCAGGCAGACCUUCAUGUUUUAACACAAGCUAACGUGAUCUCCAAAGAGGUGGAUAAACAAUUUACCACUUCGACAUAGAGGAGGGAGAGGUUUUUAAAAUGUCACUAAGCUACUUAAGCUGUAACUUUGACUUUAGGGUCUUCAGGGAAUGGAAAUGCUGAAUGUCAAUGUUCACUGUAAUUCCUUUCCUUAUUUGGAUCAUUUAGAAAAGAGCAUUGCAAACUUCUGGAAGGUUGUGUUUUAGGUGGUCUUGCACCCACAGUGCCAGGGUCAACAAUAGUCUGUUCUUCCAUGAUUAGCUGACUAUUACUCCUAUUGCCAUUACAAAACAUUAAGAACACCUGAACACUUUUCUUGUUUGAUAUAAUGCUACAGUACAUGAUAACAAUCUUCUGUCUUCUGACUGUGUAUUUCAGCGUCCUCUGAAUCUUCCAGAUGCCAACCAGCAGACCAGUCCACCUGUGCUUCUGUGGAAGCCCAAGCAGGCCUGGAUGGGUGGGGAGAGAGCAGAGCCUGCUGAGCAGAGAGUUUCCCCUGACAGCAUCAGCAGGUAGGAAACUGAUGGAGCUGUCAUGGCUGACACAUUUUCAUCUAGGUAGUUCUCACAAAGCAAACAUGGAUGCCACAAGUGGUGGCUUGCUUCCUUACUAAUCACCAAUCAAAGUACCUUCAUAAACUAUUGUUUCCAAAUAGGAUCACCAUUGAUGAUUGAUAGUGUGUUUUUCCCCCCAAUUUAUUUCAGAACGAAAUCUCCUGACUCUGCGUCAGUGCUCAGUGGUCUUUCUGAGAGAUCUCCUGCCUCUGCGUCAGUGCUCAGUGGUCUUUCGGAGAGAUCAGAGAAGAUUCUGGAGGAGUGGUAAGUAGAGUUACGAAGAGUGGGAAUAUUUUGGGUACAUUUCUGCCAAAUUCAGAACAAAAUCUCCAACUUUGUCCUGUAUGCUGUACCCUAAUGGGACAAAAUAUGUUUGUCACUGUCAGUGUGUGAGUGUUGUAGUGAGGAUGUUUUAGAUUCAGCGUGUGACAUGUGUGUCAUUGUCUCCCUAGGGGGUUCAGAGACAGCCACACUGCUCUGAUGAUGCUGAAGAGAGCUCAGAAGAUGAAGUCCAAGAAGCAGAGGCAGAGAAAACUAUUGGGUCUGCAGAAAUCAGUUGAAGUUGAUUUACAUUUGGAGACUAUUUACUAUUUACAGAUAUUCAACUGGCUUGAGCAACUAUUACUGAACCAAAACCCCCAGAACCCUACCUUGUCUAGGCUCUCCUUCCUCCUCUAUUUCCAUUCAUCUCCUCUUUUUCUUUUUGAAACUAUAUUGCCACGCUAGCAGCAUUGAGCCGUUCCUUCUUGUGUAUGUUAAUCAGCCGUAACAGACAGCAGAGGUAACAGAGGUCUGGCCCUGUCAUCUCCUAUUGGCCCCAGUCAGAGAGCCCUUACAGGAAACAGCCAUUAACCAAACCAACCGGGUGGCUUUCCCUUCCCUUAGUUCCAACCAACCAGACGCUCUCUCCGAGCCGUCGUCCCAGAGACGGUUUUCAUUAGUCUGCAUGGGUUACCGCGACUACAGUCCAAAACACCGGUCGGUAGUCGUGCCACGUUCGUGUAGACUAGACAGACAGUGACGCUGGUCGUUGAUCAGGAUUGUUAGAGCAUGACUGUACAGUACCAGAGCGCUAGAUCCAGUAAUCUCUGUCUGCCACACAGGCCUGUGUCAACUGUCAUCUGCCCAAGUAGUGAAUGCAUAGUGUUAGGCUCUCUGCGUGUCAUGAAGGGUCUCUCUGCUGUGAGUUUCUCCAGGACCCAAAGGUUCUUGUCUGGAUGCUGUGGGUUUAAUGUUAGUCUCUCUCUCUCUCUCUAGACACAACUGGACGCCUGGCCCUUUUCAGGAACCAUAGCAACCAGCAUGCCCCUAUGGAAGCACCAAAGAAGCCCUCUCCAGAGAGGAGCGACUACAUUAAAGGUAGGACUCAGACAACACUAGACACUACAGUAAUGUAGCCUUAUCACAUUACUGAGCUGAGGCAAACCAAGCCCAGCCAACUGUACUGUGUAUUGCCAUGCAUUUAGGCUACCUCAUUAACCUUACAUUUUUACAUUUACGUCAUUUAGUAGACGCUCUUAUCCAGAGCAACUUACAGUUAGUGAGUGCAAACAUUUUCAUACUGGCCCCCCCGUGGGAAUCGAACCCACAACCCUGGCGUUGCAAGUGCCAUGCUCUACCAACUGAGCCAAUGAGAUGGUAACAAUUUGACGUUUUAUUCGGAUCAACAUUUACGUGAUGCAGCAUACUUCAAUCCCCCACAAAUGUAUACUGCAGCUCAUAGAGCCAUGCUUAUGUAUGCACGUGUUUUAGUGCUUUCAAUAUGAGCUGUUUACUAUCUAGAGGAAGUAAGUACCACUGCUGCCUGCAUUAAAUAGAAACGCUUAGAGAUUAUGGACCGGCGACGAAAUUAAAGGCACAUGAAUGGUCGUAAAUAGUGGGACAUGAAGUAGUUUGGGAUGACGGAUGAUAAACAAGAUGAUUGUGUUUCAGCAGGUCUUUGUAGAUGACUUGAAGUGUGAAAUUGAGUUAAGUACUGGGGAGGUAGGGCUCUGAGGGGUUCCAGACUGAACAAACUGAAGGCCUCUUGUCUUAGACAUAAAUAGUAUUGUGGGGGGUAGUAGUAGUGUCUUGGUUUGGGUGAGUUGGUUUGUUGGGGUUGCGAGGAUACGUGGGUGAGUUGGUUUGUUGGGGUAGCGAGGAUAGGUGGGUGAGUUGGUUUGUUGGGGUUGCGAGGAUAGGUGGGUGAGUUGGUUUGUUGGGGUUGCGAGGAUAGGUGGGUGAGUUGGUUUGUUGGGGUUGCGAGGAUACGUGGGUGAGUUGGUUUGUUGGGGUGCGAUGAUAGGGGGUGAGUUGGUUUGUUGGGUUAACUUCAAGCGAGGAUUUAUGUGGGUGAGUGGUUGUGGGGUUGCGAGGUAGGUGGGUGAGUUGGUUUGUUGGGGUAGCGAGGAUACGUGGUGGUGGUUUGUUGGGGUUGCGGAGGAAGGUGGAGGAGUUUUUUUUGUUGGGGUUGCGAUGAUAGGUGGUGAGUUGGUUUGUUGGGGUUGCGAGGCUAGGUGGGUGAGUUGGUUUGUUGGGGUUGCGAGGAUAGGUGGGUGAGUUGGUUUGUUGGGGUAGCGAGGAUAGGUGGGUGAGUUGGUUUGUUGGGGUUGCGAGGAUAGGUGGGUGAGUUGGUUUGUUGGGGUUGCGAGGCUAGGUGGGUGAGUUGGGUUGUGGGGUAGCGAGGAUCGUGGGGGAGUGUUGUUGGGUAGGCGAGGAUAGGUGGGUGAGUUGGUUUGUUGGGGUAGCGAGGCUAGGUGGUUGGGGUGGGGUUAGUGGGUUGGUGGUAAGUGGGUUGAGAAGAAAAGGUGCUGGUAAAAAGUAUGGAGAAAAGUGGUUAGUGGGGGGGGGAAUGGACUAGACUCUGUAUGUACUUCUCUCUCCCUCCAUGCACCAUCUGCCCACACAGACCAGACCAAUACACUUUAACAAUACAGAUAGGUCCAAAAAGAGAGAGGGGAAAUAUUUUCUCCUCCUUUCAUGAAAACACUUUGCGGCGGCUCCCCGGCCCUGCUCCCCUCUCUCCGGGUAUGUAAGCCGAUACCCAUUUCAAGUGGGUUACUCAUGUCCAGCACAUCCACACAAAGAGCCCGGAUAAAAUAAACACGCCGCGUUAGAUAUCUCGGAAAGAAUCUGUCAUGGGUUUGGGGCUAAUCACCUCCAGAAGGGGCUUGACUCAAAGCCUGAAACGUUAGCCCCUGCCGGGGAGCUCCGGCUGGGCUGGCUGGCUGAGCCCGGGGCGCUAGCUGGGGAUGGGAUGGAUCUGAGGGGGUGCCUUCCACAGGUCAGCACCAGGGGAGGCAGAGGAGAGGGGAGGCAACCCAGCCCAGUCUGCCGAUGGAGAGAGACCCAGAAACCCCACAGACCUAGAGCCAGACCCCGGCCAGCACGCCUCUACGCCAGCCGCCCAACAGCCCAGGCCCCUGUAAAAAGGCAGCGGGAGCUGCUCCAGUCAAGAACCCCAGUGGGUUUGGGUUACGCUUUUUACAGGGUUCCCCUCAUUCAGAUCAGAAACCCAAUGAGGAGGGGGACGGGGAGGAGGUCGGAAGAAGGAGUCAACUCCCGAGUCCAAGGCUGUGUUUGAAAUGGCCCCCUAUUUCCUAUAUAGUGCACUACUUUUGACUUUUAACCAGGGCCCCAGAAAAUUUUGUAGCAGUGGGGGGGAAAAGGUCAUGGGGGGGUGGCUUCCCUCUCACCCUUGUUUUGGGUGUCCGAGGUCCCUUCCGGAUAAUUGUUAUGUAGAUGGACUGAGAAUCUCAGUUCUGGUGACCUUUUUUUAAAGGAUUCUACUAAAAAAUGUAUGAAAAUAAAAUUAUGCUGACACCAUUUAAAAUAUAAUUUCUACCUCCAUAAAUGAGCCCAAUAACAUAUUGGUAAAAUGAUUUGCUACAUUUAGCCCCACUCUCCCCUAUGCAAUCACAGUGAAUUGCGGAGCUGUAACAUGCUUAACCAUGCCCCUACAAAACAAUCUGGGUUUAAGCUAGAGAUACAGUGAGAGAAAAAAGUAUUUGAUCCCCUGCUGAUUUUGUACGUUUGCCCACUGACAAAGAAAUGAUCAGUCUAUAAUUUUAAUGGUAGGUUUAUUUGAACAGUGAGAGACAGAAUAACAACAAAAAAAUCCAGAAAAACGCAUGUCAAAAAUGUUAUAAAUUGAUUUGCAUUUUAAUGAGGGAAAUAAGUAUUUGACCCCCUCUGAAUCAGAAAGAGUUCUGGCUCCCAGGUGUCUUUUAUACAGGUAACGAGCUGAGAUUAGGAGCCCACUCUUAAAGGGAGUGCUCCUAAUCUCAGCUUGUUACCUGUAUAAAAGACACCUGUCCACAGAAGCAAUCAAUCAAUCAGAUUCCAAACUCUCCACCAUGGCCAAGACCAAAGAGCUCUCCAAGGAUGUCAGGGACAAGAUUGUAGACCUACACAAGGCUGGAAUGGGCUACAAGACCAUCGCCAAGCAGCUUGGUGAGAAGGUGACAACAGUUGGUGCGAUUAUUUGCAAAUGGAAGUAACACAAAAUAACUGUCAAUCUCCCUCGGCCUGGGGCUCCAUGCAAGAUCUCACCUCGUGGAGUUGCAAUGAUCAUGAGAACGGUGAGGAAUCAGCCCAGAACUACACAGGAGGAUCUUGUCAAUGAUCUCAAGGCAGCUGGGACCAUAGUCACCAAGAAAACAAUUGGUAACGCACUACGCGGUGAAGGACUGAAAUCCUGCAGCGCCCGCAAGGUCCCCCUGCUCAAGAAAGCACAUAUACAGGCCCGUCUGAAGUUUGCCAAUGAACAUCUGAAUGAUUUAGAGGAGAACUGGGUGAAAGUGUUGUGGUCAGAUGAGACCAAAAUGGAGCUCUUUGGCAUCAACUCAACUCGCCGUGUUUGGAGGAGGAGGAAUACUGCCUAUGACCCCAAGAACACCAUCCCCACUGUCAAACAUGGAGGUGGAAACAUUAUGCUUUGGGGGUGUUUUUCUGCUAAGGGGACAUGACAACUUCACCGCAUCAAAGGGACGAUAGACGGGGCCAUGUACCGUCAAAUCUUGGGUGAGAACCUCCUUCCCUCAGCCAGGGCAUUGAAAAUGGGUCGUGGAUGGGUAUUCCAGCAUGACAAUGACCCAAAACACACGGCUAAGGCAACAAAGGAGUGGCUCAAGAAGAAGCACAUUAAGGUCCUGGAGUGACCUAGCCAGUCUCCAGACCUUAAUCCCAUAGAAAAUCUGUGGAGGGAGCUGAAAGUUCGAGUUGCCAAAUGUCAGCCUCGAAACCUUAAUGACUUGGAGAAGAUCUGCAAAGAGGAGUGGGACAAAAUCCCUCCUGAGAUGUGUGCAAACCUGGUGGCCAACUACAAGAAACAUCUGACCUCUGUGAUUGCUAACAAGGGUUUUGCCACCAAGUACUAAGUCAUGUUUUGCAGAGGGGUCAAAUACUUAUUUCCCUCAUUAAAAUGCAAAUCAAUUUAUAACAUUUUUUACAUGCGUUUUUCUGGAUUUUUUUGUUGUUAUUCUGUCUCUCACUGUUCAAAUAAACCUACCAUUAAAAUUAUAGACUAAUCAUUUCUUUGUCAGUGGGCAAACGUACAAAAUCAGCAGGGGAACAAAUACUUUUUUCCCUCACUGUAUCUGUUUUUUUGCAUGGCCUGUGUCUCAAUCCAACGCAUCCGCCUAUGGUGGCCUCCCGCAUCUGCUGUGGAAAGUGGCUGAGCUACAGCGGUGUUUGUCAGACCGUGAGACAUCCCAAAAAUUGGUAUUUUUACGAAAACGUCUGAACCCCCACAAGCCCCACAAGACUCGUCUGAAGUUGGUAUCGUCGAUGUGCCAACUUCUGUUUGUAGCUUCCGAAACUAAUGUGAGCCCACUGUGGAAAGGGGAGAUUCUCACGAACACGAUGGUGUUCUCCGUUUUGCCCCACAAGUGUCACGGGACUCGUCUGAAGGCAACCUGUACUGGCUUAAAAAAUGAAUGGCAGUAUGGUGGUAGUUUUGUGCCUACCCAAAACAUUAAUAAUGAUAACGACAGGCCAUCAUUACUUUAAGACAUGAAGGUAAGUCACUAUGGAAAAUGUCAAGAACUUUAAACGUUUCUUCAAGUGCAGUCGCAAAAACCAUCAAGCGCUAUGAUGAAACUGGCUCUCAUGAGGACCGCCACAGGAAUGGAAGACCCAGAGUUACCUCUGCUGCAAAGGAUAAGUUCAUUAGAGUUACCAGCCUCAGAAAUUGCAGCCCAAAUAAAUGCACCACAGAGUUCAAGUCACAGACACAUCACAACAUCAACUGUUCAGCGGGGACUGUGUGAAUCAGGCCUUCCUUCAUGGUCGAAUUGCUGCAAAGAAACCACUACUAAAGGACACCAAUAAGAAGAAGAGACCUGCUUGGGCCAAGAAACAUGAGCAAUGGACAUUAGACUGGUGGAAAUGUGUCCUUUGGUCUGGAGUCCAAAUUUGAGAUUUUUUUUCCAACCGCCGUGUCUUUUUGAGAUGCGGUGUGGGUGAACGGAUGAUCUCUGCACAUGUAUUUCCUACCGUAAUGCAUGGAGGAGGAGGUGUUAUGUUGUGGGGGUGCUUUGCUGGUGACACUGGCUGUGAUUUAUUUAGAAUUCAAGGCACACUUAACCAGCAUGGCUACCACAGCAUUAUGCAGCGAUACGCCAUUCCAUUUGGUUUGGGCUUAGUGGGACUAUCAUUUGUUUUUCAACAGGACAAUGACCCAACACACCUCCAGGCUGUGUAAGGGCUAUUUUACCAAGAAGGAGAGUGAUGGAGUGCUGCAUCAGAUGACCUGGCCUCCACAAUCCCCCGACCUCAACCCAAUUGAGAUGGUUUGGGAUGAGUCGGACGGCAGAGUGAAGGAAAAGCAGCCAACAAGUGCUCAGCAUAUGUGGGAACUCCUUCAAGACUGUUGGAAAAGCAUUCCAGGUGAAGCUGGUUGAGAGAAUGCCAAGAGUGUGCAAAGCUGUCAUCAAGGCAAAGGGUGGCUAUUUGAAGAAUCUCAAAUAUAAAAUAUAAUUUGAUUUGUUUAACACUUUUCUUUGGUUACUACAUGAUUCCAUAUGUGUUAUUUCAUAGUUUUGAUGUCUUCACUAUUAUUCUACAAUGUAGAAAAUAGUCAAAAUAAAGAAAAACCCUUGAAUGAUUAGGUGUAUCCAAACGUUUGACUGGUACUGUGUAUAUAUAUAUAUUACCUGAGCUUUCUUAUAUCUUCUAGAUAUAGGACAGAUAUUAUCCUUUUUUGGCCAUUUAUGAAUGUGUUAUUCAAUGCAUUUCUGUGGGCUAUAGUAGUUAAGGCCAAAUUCAAUAUGUUAUAAAAAUAUAUAUAUACCUAGGGUCCUAGAAUUCAAAAUCAAAUAGCUAAAUGAUCCAUGGUAUGACCAUCUUAAAACAAUUUCAUAUGUCAGCUUAGACUCUUAAGAAUUAAAAUGGUGCAGUUCGCACAUAUUUAGGAGUUGAGAAGUAAAUAAAGUAGGAAUGGAAAGUAGGAAUGGAACGCUGGGAUCCUCCUCUUUUUAACAAAGGCCAUUAAAACUGUUGUUUUUCCAGCGAAUGCAAGAAUUGUUGUGCAUUGACUGCUUGUCAGAAUGCAUGUCCCUAUGGCACUCCUAACAUGAAUGCGCCUUCAAAUAAAUAAUUUUCUCACAUAGGCUAAAACACACAACAACAAGCCAACUAGGUAAAUAGAUCAACUAUUCUACUAUGGGGUAGUCAGAUUUUUCUAUUCAUUACUAGUUUUGUUUGCAGAGGAAACGUAAAUGUGGACUGUUCUCGCAAUUUCAAAGUGCACCUCGGCAGAAAUGUAUUUUCCUGUUCCAUAUUUUUUUGCUGUAGUGGCAAUGAUUUUGCCGUGGCGCAGUGCCACAUAUAAAUGACUGCAGCGGAAACACUGGUGUAGUGAAUAGCGUGCCAUUUCGGACGCACCCCAAGUCACUGACCUACAUUUUUUUGUCAUUUAGCAGACGCUCUUAUCCAGAGCGACUUAGUUAGUGAGUGCAUACAUAUAUUUUAUAUUUUUUUCAUACUGAUGUGUUGUGCUCUGCUUCUGCAAGGCAGAGCCUGUUUGAUGAAUGAUCAGGACCUGGGAGGAGGAAAGUUACUGGGAACAAUAGUGGAAAAAUGGUUGUAAUGCAAUAGGUAGUUAGGGUUUGGAUGGACUGGGGGUGUGCGUUAUAGCUGCAUGUUAGCUCGGUCUUAUCCAAAGUUCUGACACGCUUGACGGGGAAUUUAGCAUCAGGGUGAAGGAAUCCUGAAAUAAUUCACCUGCACUUCAAAAUAUACAGAAAUGAUGCGGUAACGAUGUCAUAUUUAACAUUACUUCAGCCUAACCGUUUAGUAACUUGUUUAUUGGGUGUGUACCUGACUGUUACCUCAGUGAUUGAAGUUACCACAUCAAGCUCUCAUAAUGAACAAUUAGAUGGAAGAAGUAACCUAUUAGCUUGAACUUUUAUAUCUCUUUGUUUUCAUUGUAGAUUUGAUACGGUUUGAUAUGGAUAAAUAACACAGACUUAAGUGAUAAGCAUUGGUGUUUUAGUUUCACCAAUCACAAUAAUAUAAUUCUGAAUAUGUAAACAACACAAUUGAACGAACGAACCAAGCGAACGGCUCCUACAUGCUUGACAUACCCAGAAUCCCUCUGAACUGCUAUGAACUAACAACAUGGACGAUGGAAACAGUGCUGUUGUUACAUGGACGGAAAUAACAUCCUACAUUUUCACUUUAUGGGAAUUGGCAAUGCAAAUUUGGGUUGAAAUGUUAAAUCCAAAAUAGUAUUAUAUUGGGAAAACAUGAAAAAAUGUCACGGCUAAAAUACAACAUUUGCAAAGUUAUACUUUGUAUGGAAAUAGUGCAAGCAUGUAGCUAAUGUUGAGUCAGUGCGCCAUUGGAAUUCAUUGUUGCUUGAUUUAUAGCAUGAAUGAAGCAUGAACUGAAUCUCUCCAUAUCAAACGGUCUUAUUUCACACCAUAGCGUUCCAGUGUAUUAUGUCAGAGAGAGUUUGAUCUGCGUGAAUUGGAGCAGGCCAGGAGCCAGCCCAGCCGUCUCACGUUCCUUCAUAAAGUUAUUAUCAUAGUGCCUGUGGUGUGUGUGUGUGUGUGUGUGUGUGUGUGUGUGUGUGUGUGUGUGUGUGUGUGUGUGUGGCCCGCGCCGCCUGCCUGUUGACCGCUGGGUGACCAUGUGUGGUUUGCUCUCUUGAGGUGAAGGCUUCACCCCUGGGCGAAGGAAAGUAGGAGACAGGCCCUAUGAUAAAAGCUGACCUCCUCUCCUCCUUUAAGUCUGGCGCUGGAUCUCACAACGGCAUAUCCCCAUAGGGUCAUCUCCACCACAGGGCAGGGCAGGAGGCAGCACUGGAGAGAGAGAGAGAGAGGGAGGGAGAGCGAGGGGGAAGGGAUAGAAAGAGGGAGGGAGAGAGAUAAGCUCAUAUUGGCUUCUGGUGAAAUCUAUGAAGAUCCCAUGAGGCUAGUUUAGCCAACAAGAUCUCAUGGUUUUACCAAUUUCACUAAAGAUUCUGACGUUUAGCCAUGUUUCUCCAAAUGUCAAAUUUCGAAGUUGCUACAAACGUCACAUUUCUAAGGGUUUUUGACACCCUUGAUUCCUCCUCCUGCUCAGUAUCGUUCCAUUUCUCCAAAUGUCAAAUCUUGAUAUAAUAAUAAUAAUAAUAAUAAUAAUAAUAUGCCAUUUAGCAGACGCUUUUAUCCAAAGCGACUUACAGAUAUGUUUUUAAGUUAAGGGUUAAGGUUUGGUAUAUGGUUAAAACAUUACGUUUACGCAUUAAUUCUGAAUGGUAAAGUUAAGGGUUAAGGUUUGGGAUAGGGAGAACCCCCCCCAAAAAAUGUCUACCACUAGUAUUGAACACGUGACCUUCGGAUCCAGAGCCAUGGGAUUACAACCAUCCACCGCCCCUGUCCACAACCCCCUAGCAAAACCCAAGCCAACUUGAUGGUAAUAGUGCUCACUGUUGCCCCUAGUGGCCGGUUUUGAAGGCAUCCCUGAAGUUUUCAGGACAUGGAUAGACGUCCAACUUCGAAGUCAAUCUUGAAUGAUCUCUCUGAGUUUAGCUGUCUGAUUUUAGCUGUCUUUGUCCUCUAAAAUGUCUCAAGUAUUCCUUUGUUUUUAUGUACAGUAUCUUUAUCCCCGUCGGCAAGCCUCAGAAUACCACUGAUGCUUUAUACUUACAAUUGCUCACGAUCCUGACUGUACUAAGUUACUGGGAGCUGUAGCUUUGCAUGAGUUGUACAGUGGGGAGAACAAGUAUUUGAUACACUGCCGAUUUUGCAGGUUUUCCUACUUACAAAGCAUGUAGAGGUCUGUGAUUUUAAUCAUAGGUACACUUCAACUGUGAGAGACGGAAUCUAAAACAAAAAUCCAGAAAAUCACAUUGUAUGAUUUUUAAGUAAUUCAUUUGCAUUUUAUUGCAUGACAUAAGUAUUUGAUACAUCAGAAAAGCAGAACUUAAUAUUUGGUACAGAAACCUUUGUUUGCAAUUACAGAGAUCAUACGUUUCCUGUAGGUCUUGACCAGGUUUGCACACACUGCAGCAGGGAUUUUGGCCCACUCCUCCAUACAGACCUUCUCCAGAUCCUUCAGGUUUCGGGGCUGUCGCUGGGCAAUACGGACUUUCAGCUCCCUCCAAAGAUUUUCUAUUGGGUUCAGGUCUGGAGACUGGCUAGGCCACUCCAGGACCUUGAGUUGCUUCUUACGGAGCCACUCCUUAGUUGCCCUGGCUGUGUGUUUCGGGUCGUUGUCAUGCUGGAAGACCCAGCCACGACCCAUCUUCAAUGCUCUUACUGAGGGAAGGAGGUUGUUGGCCAAGAUCUCGCGAUACAUGGCCCCAUCCAUCCUCCCCUCAAUGCGGUGAAGUCGUCCUGUCCCCUUUGCAGAAAAGCAUCCCCAAAGAAUGAUGUUUCCACCUCCAUGCUUCACGGUUGGGAUGGUGUUCUUGGGGUUGUACUCAUCCUUCUUCUUCCUCCAAACACGGCGAGUGGAGUUUAGACCAAAAAGCUCUAUUUUUGUCUUAUUAAACCACAUGACCUUCUCCCAUUCCUCCUCUGGAUCAUCCAGAUGGUCAUUGGCAAACUUCAGACGGGCCUGGACAUGCGCUGGCUUGAGCAGGGGGACCUUGCGUGCGCUGCAGGAUUUUAAUCCAUGACGGCGUAGUGUGUUAGACCGAGGGUGAUUGACCGUCAUCUUGAACUUCUUCCAUUUUCUAAUAAUUGCGCCAACAGUUGUUGCCUUCUCACCAAGCUGCUUGCCUAUUGUCCAGUAGCCCAUCCCAGCCUUGUGCAGGUCUACAAUUUUAUCCCUGAUGUCCUUACACAGCUCUCUGGUCUUGGCCAUUGUGGAGAGGUUGGAGUCUGUUUGAUUGAGUGUGUGGACAGCUGUCUUUUAUACAGGUAACGAGUUCGAACUGGUGCAGUUAAUACAGGUAAUGAGUGGAGAACAGGAGGGCUUCUUAAAGAAAAACUAACAGGUCUGUGAGAGCCGGAAUUUUUACUCGUUGGUAGGUGAUCAAAUACUUAUGUCAUGCAAUAAAAUGCAAAUUAAUUACUUAGAAAUCAUACAAUGUGAUUUUCUGGAUUUUUGUUUUAGAUUCCGUCUCUCACAGUUGAAGUGUACCUAUGAUAUAAAUUACACACCUCUACAUGCUUUGUAAGUAGGAAAACCUGCAAAAUCGGCAGUGUAUCAAAUACUUGUUCUCCCCACUGUAUGUAAGUAACUAUCCAAAUAAUAUACUUGAAUGAAUCCCUUCACAACAUUUAGUUAUUUGCGCCAUUACUUGUGCAUCGAGCUAACUUGUUAUUCCCUACAUACACUGUGCAUGACCUUGAUGUUUCUUUGUUUUGGGGGGGGGGGGUGUAACUUGUUCUGAAUUACUCUAAAGUGCCUACGACCUGCCUCUCCUUUACGACUUGGUAGCUGCAGGACGUGACCCUGACCACACCCACCUCCCCAUCCAGACUGUCCAAGGCCCCCCCCUUGCAACCCCUUGAAUGAGCAGAUUCUCUCUCUGAUAUCGUAAGCCAGGGCUCUCUCCUGCCUCCCUUCUGUCCCCCUCGCCUCGAUAGAGAGAGAUUGGAUAAUGUGCUUAAAAGACCCACUUAACAGGCGUGACUCCUCCUGAUGUCCUGGAGCAGGGGAACAGGACAGGGUGUGAGGGUGGGGUGAGGGGGAAGCUGAAAGGAGGGCUAUGUCUGGAGCAGGACAGGGGGCUGCAUGUGGGUGGGGUGAGGAAGAGAGGCGAGGGGAUGGUGGAAGGAGGACUAGUAUGUUUUGACACGGGGCUGGGGGUGAGGGGAAAGUGGAAGGAGGCCUAGAAUGUCUUGACACAGGGGUGGGGGUGAGGGGAAGGUGGAUGGAGUACUAGUAUGUCUUGACACAGGGGUGAGGGGAAGGUGGAAAGAGAGCUACAGGGCCGGGGUGAGGCAGGGGGUGAGGGAAGGUGGAAAGAGAGCUACAGGGCCGGGGUGAGGCUGGGGCUGAGAGAAGGUGGAAGGAGGGCUAACUAUCUGUCUGGACUGUAAUUUAACACUAACCUCCCUACUCCCCUAUGAGCCAUUGUGCAUCCUGAUCCUAACAACAUCAUCCCAUAGACUUUCCUUGAGUUUUAAGGCGUAACAAUUAUAUAUACAGUUGAAGUCGGAAGUUUACAUACACUUAGGUUGGAGUCAUUAAAACUCGUUUUUCAACCACUCCACACAUUUCUUGUUAACAAACUAGAGUUUUGGCAAGUCGGUUAGGACAUCUACUUUGUGCCUGACACAAGUAAUUUUUCCAACAAUUGUUUACAGACAGAUUAUUUCACUUAUAAUUCACUGUAUCACAAUUCCAGUGGGUCGGAAGUUUACAUACACUAAGUUGACGGUGACUUUAAACAGCUUGGAAAAUUCCAGAAAAUGAUGUCAUGGCUUUAGAAGCUUCUGAUAGGCUAAUUGACAUCAUUUGAGUCAAUUGGAGGUGUACCUGUGGAUGUAUUUCAAGGCCUACCUUCAAACUCAGUGCCUCUUUGCUUGACAUCAUGGGAAAAUCAAAAGAAAUCAGCCAAGACCUCAGAAAGAAAAUUGUAGACCUCCACAAGUCUGGAUCAUCCUUGGGAGCAAUUUCCAAACGCCUGAAGGUACCUUGUUCAUAUGUACAAACAAUAGUACGCAAAUAUAAACACCAUGGGACCACGCAGCCGUCAUACCGCUCAGGAAGGAGACGCGUUCUGUCUCCUAGAGAUUAAUGUACUUUGGUGCGAAAAGUGCAAAUCAAUCCCAGAACAACAGCAAAGGACCUUGUGAAGAUGCUGGAGGAAACAGGUACAAAAGUAUCUACAGUGAGGGGAAAAAGGUAUUUGAUCCCCUGCUGAUUUUGUACGUUUGCCCACUGACAAAGACAUGAUCAGUCUAUACUUUUAAUGGUAGGUUUAUUUGAACAGUGAGAGACAGAAUAACAACAACAAAAUCCAGAAAAACGCAUGUCAAAAAUGUUAUAAAUUGAUUUGCAUUUUAAUGAGGGAAAUAAGUAUUUGACCCCUCUGCAAAACAUGACUUAGUACUUGGUGGCAAAACCCUUGUUGGCAAUCACAGAGGUCAUACAUUUCUUGUAGUUGGCCACCAGGUUUGCACACAUCUCAGGAGGGAUUUUGUCCCACUCCUCUUUGCAGAUCUUCUCCAAGUCAUUAAGGUAUCGAGGCUGAUGUUUGGCAACUCGAACCUUCAGCUCCCUCCACAUAUUUUCUAUGGGAUUAAGGUCUGGAGACUGGCUAGGCCACUCCAGGACCUUAAUGUGCUUCUUCUUGUGCCACUCCUUUGUUGCCUUGGCCGUGUGUUUUGGGUCAUUAUCAUGCUGGAAUAACCAUCCACGACCAAUUUUCAAUGCCCUGGCUGAGGGAAGGAGGUUCUCACCCAAGAUUUGACAGUACAUGGCCCCGUCCAUUGUCCCUUUUGAUGCGGUGAAGUUGUCCUGUCCCCUUAGCAGAAAAACACCCCCAAAGCAUAAUGUUUCCACCUCCAUGUUUGAUGGUGGGGGUGGUGUUCUUGGGGUCAGAGGCAGCAUUCCUCCUCCAAACACGGGGAGUUGAGUUGAUGCCAAAGAGCUCGAUUUUGGUCUCAUCUCACCACAACACUUUCACCCAGUUCUCCUCUGAAUCAUUCAGAUGUUCAUUGGCAAACUUCAGACGGGCCUGUAUAUGUGCUUUCUUGAGCAGGGCGCUGCAGGAUUUCAGUCCUUCACGGCGUAGUGUGUUACCAAUUGUUUUCUUGGUGACUAUGGUCCCAGCUGCCUUGAGAUCAUUGACAAGAUCCUCCUGUGUAGUUCUGGGCUGAUUCCUCACCGUUCUCAUGAUCAUUGCAACUCCACGAGGUGAGAUCUUGCAUGGAGCCCCAGGCCGAGGGAGAUUGACAGUUAUUUUGUGUUACUUCCAUUUGCGAAUAAUCGCACCAACUGUUGUCACCUUCUCACCAAGCUGCUUGGCGAUGGUCUUGUAGCCCAUUCCAGCCUUGUGUAGGUCUACAAUCUUGUCCCUGACAUCCUUGGAGAGAUCUUUGGUCUUGGCCAUGGUGGAGAGUUUGGAAUCUGAUUGAAUGAUUGCUUCUGUGGACAGGUGUCUUUUAUACAGGUAACAAGCUGAGAUUAGGAGCACCCCCUUUAAGAGUGUGCGCCUAAUCUCAGCUCGUUACCUGUAUAAAAGACACCUGGGAGCCAGAAAUCUUUCUGAUUGAGAGGGGGUCGAAUACUUAUUUCCCUCAUUAAAAUGCAAAUCAAUUUAUAACAUUUUUGACAUGCGUUUUUCUGGAUUUUUUUUUUGUUAUUCUGUCUGUCACUGUUCAAAUAAACCUACCAUAAAAAUUAUUUUGUCAGUGGGCAAACGUACAAAAUCAACAGGGGAUCAAAUACUUUUUCCCUCACUGUAUAUCCACAGUAAAACGAGUCCUAUAUCGACAUAACCUGAAAGGCCGCUCAGCAAGGAAGAAGCCACUGUUCAAAACCGCCAUAAAAAAGCCAGACUACGGUUUGCAACUGCACAUGGGGACAAAAUCGUACUUUUUGGAGAAAUGUCCUCUGGUCUGAUGAAACAAAAAUUGAACUGUUUGGCCAUAAUGACCAUGGUUAUGUUUGGAGGAAAAAGGGGGUUGCUUGCAAGCCGAAGAACACCACCCCAAACGUGAAGCACGGAGGUGGCAGCAUCAUGCUGUAGGGGUUAUUUGCUGCAGGAGGGACUGGUGCACUUCACAAAAUAGAUGGCAUCAUGAGGAAGGAAGAUUAUGUGGAUUUAUUGAAGCAACAUCUCAAGACAUCAGUCAGGAAGUUAAAGCUUUGUCGCAAAUGUGUCUUCCAAAUGGACAAUGACCCCAAGCAUACUUUCAAAGUUGUGGCAAAAUGGCUUAAGGACAAUAAAGUCAAUCCUAUAGAAAAUGUGUGGGCAGAACUGAAAAGGCGUGUGCGAGCAAGGAGGCCUACAAACCUUACUCAGUUACACCAGCUCUGUCAGGAGGAAUGGGCCAAAAUUCACCCAACUUAUUGUGGGAAGCUUGUGGAAGGCUACCCAAAACGAUUGACCCAAGUUAAACAAUUUAAAGGCAAUGCUACCAAAUACUAAUUAAGUGUAUGUAAACUUCUGACCCACUGGGGAUGUGAUGAAAUAAAUAAAAGGUUAAAUAAAUCAUUCUCUCUACUGUUAUUCUGACAUUUCACAUUCUUAAAAUAAAGUGGUGAUCCUAACUGACUUAAGACAAGGGAAUUUUUACUAGGAUUAAAUGUCAGGAAUUGUGAAAAUCUGAGCUUAAAUGUAUUUGCCUAAGGUGUACAGUGAGGGGAAAAAGUAUUUGAUCCCCUGCUGAUUUUGUACGUUUGCCCACUGACAAAGAAAUGAUCAGUCUAUAAUUUUAAUGGUAGGUUUAUUUGAACAGUGAGAGACAGAAUAACAACCAAAAAAAUCCAGAAAAAUGCAUGUCAAAAAUGUUAUAAAUUGAUUUGCAUUUUAAUGAGUAUUUGACCCCCUCUCAAUCAGAAAGAUUUCUGGCUCCCAGGUGUAUUUUAUACAGGUAACGAGCUGAGAUUAGGAGCACACUCUUAAAGGGAGUGCUCCUAAUCUCCGUUUGUUACCUGUAUAAAAGACACCUGUCCACAGAAGCAAUCAAUCAAUCAGAUUCCAAACUCUCCACCAUAGCCAAGACCAAAGAGCUCUCCAAGGAUGUCAGGGACAAGAUUGUAGACCUACACAAGGCUGGAAUGGGCUACAAGACCAUCGCCAAGCAGCUUGUUGAGAAGGUGACAACAGUUGGUGCGAUUAUUCGCAAAUGGAAGAAACACAAAAUAACUGUCAAUCUCCCUCGGCCUGGGGCUCCAUGCAAGAUCUCACCUCGUGGAGUUGCAAUGAUCAUGACAACGGUGAGGAAUCAGCCCAGAACUACGCGGGAGGAUCUUGUCAAUGAUCUCAAUGCAGCUGGGACCAUAGUCACCAAGAAAACAAUUGGUAACACACUAUGCCGUGAAGGACUGAAAAUCUGCAGCGCCCGCAAGGUCCCCCUGCUCAAGAAAGCACAUAUACAGGCCCGUCUUAAGUUUGCCAAUGAACAUCUGAAUGAUUCAGAGGAGAACUGGGUGAAAGUGUUGUGGUCAGAUGAGACCAAAAUCGAACUCUUUGGCAUCAACUCAACUCGCCAUGUUUGGAGGAGGAGGAAUGCUGCCUAUGACCCCAAGAACACCAUCCCCACUGUCAAUGCUUUGGGGGUGUUUUUCUGCUAAGGGAACAGGACAACUUCAUCGCAUAAAAGGGACAAUGGACGGGGCCAUGUACCAUCAAAUCUUGGGUGAGAACCUCCUUCCCUCAGCCAGGGCAUUGUAAAUGGGUCGUGGAUGGGUAUUCCAGCAUGACAAUGACCCAAAACACAUGGCCAUGGCAACAAAGGAGUGGCUCAAGAAGAAGCACAUUAAGGUCCUGGAGUGGCCUAGCCAGUCUCCAGACCUUAAUCCCAUAGAAAAUCUGUGGAGGGAGCUGAAGGUUCGAGUUGCCAAACGUCAGGCUCGAAACCUUAAUGACUUGGAGAAGAUCUGCAAAGAGGAGUGGGACAAAAUCCCUCCUGACGUGUGCAAACCUGGUGGCCAACUACAAGAAACGUCUGACCUCUGUGAUUGCCAACAAGGGUUUUGCCACCAAGUACUAAAUCAUGUUUUGCACAGGUGUCAAAUACUUAUUUCCCUCAUUAAAAUGCAAAUCAAUUUAUAACAUUUUUUACAAGCGCUUUUCUGGAUUGUUUUGUUGUUAUUCUGUCUCUCACUGUUCAAAUAAACCUACCAUUAAAAUGAUAGACUGAUCAUGUCUUUGUCAGUGGGCAAACGUACAAAAUCAGCAGGUGAUCAAAUACUUUUUUCCCCUCACUGUAUGUAAACUUCCGACUUCAACUGUAUUUAAAUAGGCAGUAUAUACAGUGCAUUCGGAAAGUAUUCAGGCCCUUUCCCCUUUUCCACAUUUUGUUACGUUACAGCCUUAUUCUAAAAUUGAUUUCAUUAAUUAUUUUCCUCAUCAAUCUACACACAGGUGGACUCCAAUCAAGUUGUAGAAACAUCUCAAGGAUGAUCAAUGGAAACAGGAUGCACCUGAGCUCAAUUUUGAGUAUCGUAGCAAAGGGUAUGAAUACUUAUGUAAAUAAGGUAUUUCUGUUUUUUAUUUUUAAUACAUUUGCAGAAAUGUCUAACAACCUGUUUUCGCUUUGUCAUUAGGGAGUAUUGUGUGUAGAUUGAUGAGAAUUGUAUUUAUUUAAUCCAUUUCAGAAUAAGGCUGUAACUUAAAAAAUGUGGAAAAGGGGAAGGGGUCUGAAUACUUUCCGAAUGCACUGUACUAUCUGAUAAAAAAACUAUGUUUUUGGAGAAAAAUAAAUAAAACGGUUUAAUCCUUGUAAAUUAUAUCAUAAAUAGGACUGGUGGAGUUAUGUCACACAUGCAGCUAACAAAAAUAUAUGGAAAUGUCUGCUCUACUCAAAAUUAUAACCAGCUAAUUGCAGCAUUAUCGCAAAAAUGGAAGAGGCAAGUGGAAGGGGGAGAAAGUAAGGAACUUGUCUGUCGGCCCUGCAUUAAAGACCAAAAUUGGUUAAAGAAAAUUGUGAUGAAUAAAAAAGUAUACCAGUUUCAUUUACGGACCAAGAAAUUGACAGCUGUGCCAUACAUAUUGCAAAAUAGUUGGGAAGAGAUUUUCAAUGUACCGAUGAACUGAUACACAAAACGACGCUGGAUUCAAAACUUAGAGUUUUUCAAUUUAAAUUAUUAUGCAAAAUUCUUGCAACCAAUAUGUAUGUUUUACAGUGGGGGAAAAAAGUAUUUAGUCAGCCACCAAUUGUGCAAGUUCUCCCACUUAAAAAGAUGAGAGAGGCCUGUAAUUUUCAUCAUAGGUACACGUCAACUAUGACAGACAAAUUGAGAAAAAGAAAUCCAGAAAAUCACAUUGUAGGAUUUUUAAUGAAUUUAUUUGCAAAUUAUGGUGGAAAAUAAGUAUUUGGUCACCUACAAACAAGCAGGAUUUCUGGCUCUCACAGACCUGUAACUUCUUCUUUAAGAGGCUCCUCUGUCCUCCACUCGUUACCUGUAUUAAUGGCACCUGUUUGAACUUGUUAUCAGUAUAAAAGACACCUGUCCACAACCUCAAACAGUCACACUCCAAACUCCACUAUGGCCAAGACCAAAGAGCUGUCAAAGGACACCAGAAACAAAAUUGUAGACCUGCACCAGGCUGGGAAGACUGAAUCUGCAAUAGGUAAGCAGCUUGGUUUGAAGAAAUCAACUGUGGGAGCAAUUAUUAGGAAAUGGAAGACAUACAAGACCACUGAUAAUCUCCCUCGAUCUGGGGCUCCACGCAAGAUCUCACCCCGUGCGGUCAAAAUGAUCACAAGAACGGUGAGCAAAAAUCCCAGAACCACACGGGGGGACCUAGUGAAUGACCUGCAGAGAGCUGGGACCAAAGUAACAAAGCCUACCAUCAGUAACGCACUACGCUGCCAGGGACUCAAAUCCUGCAGUGUCAGACGUGUCCCCCUGCUUAAGCCAGUACAUGUCCAGGCCCGUCUGAAGUUUGCUAGAGUGCAUUUGGAUGAUCCAGAAGAGGAUUGGGAGAAUGUCAUAUGGUCAGAUGAAACCAAAAUAUAACUUUUUGGUAAAAACUCAACUCGUCGUGUUUGGAGGACAAAUAAUGCUGAGUUGCAUCCAAAGAACACCAUACCUACUGUGAAGCAUGGGGGUGGAAACAUCAUGCUUUGGGGCUGUUUUUCUGCAAAGGGACCAGGACGACUGAUCCGUGUAAAGGAAAGAAUGAAUGGGGCCAUGUAUCGUGAGAUUUUGAGUGAAAACCUCCUUCCAUCAGCAAGGGCAUUGAAGAUGAAACGUGGCUGGGUCUUUCAGCAUGACAAUGAUCCCAAACACACCGCCCGGGCAACGAAGGAGUGGCUUCGUAAGAAGCAUUUCAAGGUCCUGGAGUGGAAUAGCCAGUCUCCAGAUCUCAACCCCAUAGAAAAUCUUUGGAGGGAGUUGAAAGUCCGUGUUGCCCAGCGACAGCCCCAAAACAUCACUGCUCUAAAGGAGAUCUGCAUGGAGGAAUGGGCCAAAAUACCAGCAACAGUGUGUGAAAACCUUGUGAAGACUUACAGAAAACGUUUGACCUGUGUCAUUGCCAACAAAGGGUAUAUAACAAAGUAUUGAGAAACUUUUGUUAUUGACCAAAUACUUAUUUUCCACCAUAAUUUGCAAAUAAAUUCAUUAAAAAUCCUACAAUGUGAUUUCCAGGAUUUUUUUUUCUCAUUUUGUCUGUCAUAGUUGACGUGUACCUAUGAUGAAAAUUACAGGCCUCUCUCAUCUUUUUAAGUGGGAGAACUUGCACAAUUGGUGGCUGACUAAAUACUUGUUUUCCCCACUGUAUAUGCAAAUAUAUAUAUGGGGGAUUGGAAAUGAUGCAGACAAUGACAUUGAUGGAAGCCACAAUCUAUCUGCAAAUAAAUAAAAGUCACCUGUUUUGGGGCCCUGCGUGGUUCUGGUACCAGUUCUGACCAACAUUUAUGCUUAUUAAUUGAUAUGGAGACACCAUAGAUCGAAAUGGCUUGUAUUGAGCGGUAGCCCUGAUUCUCACGGACAGAGGAGUAUGUCUCUUCUGCCUGUGUGAAGCAUGAUGUGAAAUCUGACACCACUUGAAGCUGGGAUGUCCCUCCUACCAUUUAAUUUGCUAUUCCGACUGUCCAUCAACUCCUGGCUGAACCCUACAUCAUAGCCACAUUCAGAGAUCGAUUAAUAGCCAGUAAUCAAAAAUAUUUCAUAGAUUUUAAACAAAAAACACUUUCUGUUUGUCAUAGAUGGACAGACAAACAAACUAUUCUAACACUAAAUAUACAAAUGCAUUCGGAAAGUAUUCAGAGCCCUUCCCCUUUUCCACAUUUUGUUAUGUUACAGCCUUAUUCUAAAAUUGAUUAAAUAAAUACAAAUCCACAUCAAUCUACACACAAUACCCCAUAAGGACAAAGCGAACAUAGGUUUUUAGAAAUGUUUGCAAAUGUAUUAAAGUAAAUAUUUACAUAAGUAUUCAGACCAUUUGCUAUGAGGCUUAAAAUUGAGCUCAGGUGCAUCCUGUUUCCAUUGAUCAUCAUUGAGAUGUUUCUACAACUUGAUUGGAGUCCACCUGUGGUAAAUUAAAUUGAUUGGACAUGAUUUGGAAAGGCACACACCUGUCUAUAGAAGGUCCCACAGCAUGUCAGAGCAAAAACCAAGCCAUGAGGUCGAAGGAAUUGUCCGUAGAGCUCCGAGACAGGAUUGUGUCGAGGCACAGAUCUGGGGAAGGGUACCAAAAAAUCUCUUCAGCAUUGAAAGUCCCCAAGAACACAGUGGCCUCCAUCAUUCUUAAAUGGAAGAAGUUUGGAACCACCAAGACUCUUCCUAGAGCUGGCCGCACGGCCAUACUGAGCAAUCGGGGGAGAAGGUCCUUGGUCAGGGAGGUGACCAAGAACCCAAUGGUCACGCUGACAAAGCUCCAGAGUUCCUCUGUGGACAACCAUCUCUGCAGCACUCCACCAAUCAGGCCUUUAUGGUAGAGUGGCCAGACGGAAGCCACUUCUCAGUAAAAGAAACAUGACAGCCCGCUUGGAGUUUGCCAAAAGGCACCGAAACAAGAUUCUCUGGUCUGAUGAAACCAAGAUUGAACUCUUUGGCCUGAAUGCCAAGCGUCACGUCUGGAGGAAACCUGGCACCAUCCCUAUGGUGAAGCAUGUUGGUGGCAGCAUCAUGCUGUGGGGAUGUUUUUCAGCGGCAGGGACUGGGAGACUAGUCAGGAUCGAGGGAAAUAUGAAUGGAGCAAAGUACAGAGAGAUCCUUGAUGAAAACCUGCUCCAGAGUGCUCAGGACCUCAGACGGGGGUGUCGGUUCACCUUCCGACAGGACAACGACCCUAAGCACACAGUCAAGACAACGCAGGAGUGGCUUCGGGACAAGUCUCUGAAUGUAUUUUAGUGGCCCAGCCAGUGCCCGGACUUGAACCUGAUCAAACAUGUCUGGAGAGACCUGAAAAUAGCUGUGCAGCGACGCUCCCCAUCCAACCUGACAGAGCUUGAGGAUGUGCAGAGAAGAAUGGGUAAACUCCCAAAAUGCAGGUGUGUCAAACUUGUAGCGUCAUACACAAGAAGUCUCGAGGCUGUAAUUGCUGCCAUAGGUGCUUCAACAAAGUACUGAGUAAAGGGUCUAAAUACUUAUGUAUCUUUUAGUACUUUUGCAAAAAAUUAUAAAAACCUGUUUUUGUUUUGUCAUUAUGGGGUAUUAUGUGUUUAUUGAUGAGGGGGAAAAGGCUUUCAGUUAACAAAAUUUGGACAAAGUCAAGGGGUCUGAAUACUUUCCGAAUGCACUGUAUUUUACAGUUAUAAGGAAGGUGAAAUCUUAUAGGUAGUCGUUUUAUAAAUUGGUUAUACUGUAUUUAGAAAAAAUAUAAGUCAUUUCAAGCCUUAAUCAUACCGUUUUGUUGAAUAGGAAAGACAUCAUAUAAAAAUGUUCAUGUUUUAUCAUAUUUGUACUGUGUACUUGAGCUUGUGUCCUCAAAGUGACUACACCUCAGCAAUAUAUAACUAUUUUUACCAGAAAGGUGAGAUUUUAACCUUUCUUGUAGUAUGCAGCAUUACUAGUUAUUGUUUAUGGCCAUCUCAUGAUAAAUAAUUACUUUAAGGGAUUAUGUAGAUUACAUUUUCAAUUACAUUUAGUUACAUUUAAGAGGAUAUAUAUAUAUAUAUAUAUAUAGACCCAUGGGGCGGCGCACAAUUGGCCCAGCGUCGUCCAGGGUAGGGGAGGGAAUGGCCGGCAGGGAUGUAGCUCAGUUGGUAGAGCAUGGCGUUUGCAACGCCAGGGUUGUGGGUUCGAUUCCCAUGGGGGGCCAGUAUGAAAAUAAAAUAAAAAAUGUAUGCACUAACUGUAAGUCGCUCUGGAUAAGAGCGUCUGCUAAAUGACUAAAAUGUAAAUGUAAAUAUAUAUAUAUAUAUAUAUAUAUAUAUAUAUACAGUAGGACAAUGCAGUAUUAACAACUAUGUAAAACAUACAUUAGUACAGUAUUUUUUAUGUUCCACUAAAACAUUCUGCUCCAGGAAGUGUGAAACACCAUCUCCUGGCCGUACUGCCUCGAGGGAGCAUUCAUCACUGGACGUUUUUAGUGGGUUCUUAAUUAACCCAUGAAGACUGCAAGCUAUAAAACCUUUUUUCCUUUUUUAGCUGCUCGGCGAGAGCAUGAAAAUGAGUUAAAUAAAUGCGUCAUUAGUUCCAGCACCGGGCUGUCAAAAUUCCUUAUCAAUUCACGCCCAACUUAGGCCGCAUUACUGUCGGCAGUGUGUUGGUGGGCCGUGGACGGGGUGCAAAUGUUUACUUUGAAUUACGGCCUUUAUUAUGGGAUUUUCAGUGUUGUUCGUAAAUCAUCGAAUGCUUUCUCUAUUUGAUACAUUGCUCAAAUUCAUUUAAUUUUACAAGAACACACAACCACACACACGCUCACACACACGCACAGAUACACACACACACACACAUAGACACAUAGACACACACACACACACACACCAUCAAAGGAACCCCAACCGCUCCUGGCUGUUGCGUCAUUCAGCAACUCAGAGUGUAUUAUAGUAAUGCCCCCAGAGCCCUCCAAACAAAUGGCUACCUUAAGCCCCAACAUAAACGCUGUGAGCUUUAGCUAAGCACUGAUCUCUCUCUCCUACAGCUCGGGAGGAAAACCUUGCCUAGCACUCUACUUGUCAAUCUUUGUCACAGUCCAGGCUCCCUCUGUUUAUUUGUCCUUGGCCCUGUCCCAAAUGGCACCUUAUUCCCUAUGUAGUGUAUUGCCCGUAGGGCUCUGGUCAAAAGUAGUGCACUAUAUAGAGAAUAGGGUGUUGGUGUGCACCCGUUAACACAACCGCUCUCUCUAUCCUGUAUAAAUGAUGUAAAGAUGUCACCCCACAUGGUGGACGUUGCAGCAGCAGGACUGAGUAAGGAAGCAGCUCUGUGAUUUUCUUGUAACUGUUGUCACCAGGGAUGUUUUACCGAAAGAGAGGGAGAUUAACAAAAAUAAUCUUGCUUGACAUUUAUUUGAUAUUUUCUGUGCAGCUUGCCAGGCCGAACUAGCCCUGGAGGGAACAGGCAGAUUGGACCAAACGCGGUUAAACCAGCAAGCACCAGGGAGGGUGGACCAAAUGCUGGUGAACCAGGAUGCAACAGAGCAAGUGGACCAAACGCUGGUGAACCAGGAACGAACUUACCAGUGGCUCCACACCCAGCCUGUGCACUCUGACAGCAGACGCCCAGAGAGGUGAGGUUCUCUACAGCUGAUACACACCAGUACAUGAUAUUGUAUAUGUCUGCAACUCAUGUUCAACAUACAGAAUAAAAAUAAUGUUGUACAGUAGGUAAGAUGACAUUAUUGUAGAUGAUAUAUACAUGCAGGUGAUGGGGAUGAAAGGGAUAUUACAUGUUUAUUACAUAAACAAAUGUACAAAGUUGGCAGAAAGUAUUGGCCCAUUAUAAAGGCUAAUGUUCUAGAAUCUAAUUGUUUUAGAACAUUAUGUCCCAAGAACAUUUAAAACAAUUAAAUGACUUCUUUAUACAGAAAUUAUCAUUUAGGAAAUAUAUUUAAAUAUAAAACAAGAAUACAGACAGUUUUUAUUUUAUUUUUAAUAUCUAGCAUUUUGGUGAAAAGAAUAACGAGCUGGUAGGAUCGGUAACAAAUGCAAUGGAUGCGGGGGGCUAUGACAUAUAAAAUAAAAUAUUGGGAUUGUGAUAGUAGUUAACUGAGAGCCAGUAAUGCCACUGAUCUGAUGUUUAUGCUGUGAUAGAUCCGAGAUCAUUUGUGUUGGAGUGAAACCACUAAUAGCAGAGUAUUGAAACCUUUCUGUCUGUCUGCAGUGAUGGUUUCCUCCCAGAGAUUGACCCAGACAUACUGAAAGGAGGCAGAGUGCAGCUCGUGGUGAGCUAUUUAUUUUGACUCACUGUUACAUUCCUCCUACGACUGAUUCACUUUCACUGAGUAAUUGACUCUCAUUCUGUCUGUAUCUUGGUUGCGGAGAAAGUCCAUGGAAGUAUGUAUUGUUUACAUUUGAAGUUUAUAUUCAAGUUUCACUCUAUAGUUCGUUUCCCAUUCCGCCUAGACUUUAAGGCCUUUCUUUUUCGAAAGGCUUAUUUCCAGUGUAACGACACUUUCAAUUUGAUCAACUCACGGCAAUUUCUUCAUUUGAUUUGUAGAAAUACCAGUGUCAGUGCCGUGUGGUUUGUGUAGACCAGAGAAUGAUAUUGAUGCUCGUCAGCUCUUUGAAGUUAAAAACCGCAGGUCUCCCUGUGCAGUUUGAAUUAUUUUCACUGUCAAAAAAUAACCACCUCCUUUCCCUUUCCUCAGCUACACACUGCCUUUCCGCUUUGAGCACAUGAGCGCUUAGUUGUUGUUGAAUGUUUUCAAAAUGUUGGGGCCAGUUGCGUGAGAAAAGUCAUGUUUGACCUUAUUUGAACAGUGUGUGUGUGUGUGUGUGUGUGUGCAGGCUGUAGCAGGGUACAGAGAAGGUACAGACCAGGCCCCAGUGUCGCAGGCCAGCGGAACGUCAACCUCCCCGCCUCGCAAAGAACACAAUCAAGCUCGGAGAAACUUUAUGGGGCAACUAAGUGAGUUUUACAUUUUUACUUCAGACUCACUAUUUAGCAGGGUUGGGGUCAAUUCCAUUUCAAUUCUGGAAGUAAACUGAACUUUCAAUUCACAUUUUCCUUAAUGCAUAUUAAUGAGGAAGAUUUGGAUUUGGAAUUUCUGUUUAUUUCCUGAAUUUAAUUAAUUUAAAUGUUAUUGACCCCAACCAAGGUACUAUUUAGUCAUCUAUUACCUGUUGCUGCAUAUACGCACCACUAAGCAUUUAGUUCAACAUACACGUUUUGUGUGUGUUUACCACUAUUUCAUAUUUAAUUAAAUGUGUCAAUUUGUUAAUAUAUUCUGAAGAUUUGAUCAUUGGAAUAUUUGUCCUUUGCAAGAAAAUGUAAGAUUUUCCUAUCCAAUGCUUAUUCCAUUAUUUGGUUUUUAGGUUUAAAUUAGCAGGAAUAUUUUUUCGGCCCUCCAUUGAAAUGUCACUAAAGACAGAAAAAAAUCUAUAUCACUGAAAGUAAGAGGGAAUAACCUGAGAGGAUUGAAUCACUGAGGUCAAAAAUUAGCAGAGAUAUGUGACCGUGCGUGUGUGUGAGAAGCAGUAUGAUAGCAGGCACAUGUGAGCAUUGGACCUAUCUAGAAAGACAAAAGUGUUGUAUAAUGAAAACCAAUUGCUGAUAAGCACUUUUUCAAUGAUCUAACUGUAAUCACUGUAGCUUUAGGAUGAGAUGAGCCGCCUGGACAGCGCACGUUCCAAACAGACUACUGUAAUAAAUCAGAUAAAACGAGGUGUGUGUGUUAUGUCUGUCUGUGUGCGUGUG